GUCUUGUCUUUCCUCCAAGCUGUACAGGUUAAGUUCCUUUAACCUUUCCUGGUAAGUUUUAUCCUGCAAUCCAUGAACCAGUGUAGUAGCCCUUCUCUGAACUCUCUCUAAAGUAUCAAUAUCCUUCUGAAGAUCCGGUCUCUAGUAUUGCGUACAAUACUCCAAGUGAGGUCUCACCAGUGUUCUGUACAAUGGCAUGAGCACUUCCCUCUUUCUACUGCUAAUACCUCUCCCUAUACAACCAAGCAUUCUGCUAGCAUUUCCUGCUGCUCUAUUACAUUGUCUGCCUACCUUUCAGUCAUCAGAAAUAAUCACCCCUAAAUCUCUUUCCUCAGAUGUUGAGGUUAGGACUCUAUCAAAUAUUCUGUACUCUGCCCUUGGGUUUUUACGUCCAAAAUGCAUUAUCUUGCACUUAUCCACAUUAAAUGUCAGUUGCCACAACUCUGACCAUUUUUCUAGUUUACCUAAAUCAUUUGCCCUUUGGCUUAUCCCUCCUGGAACAUCAACCCUGUUACAUAUCUUAGUAUCAUCAGCAAAAAGACACACCUUACCAUCAAGACCUUCUGCAAUAUCACUUAUCAAAAUAUUAAAGAGAAUGGGUCCAAGUACAGAUCCCCAAGGUACCCCACUGGUGACAAGCCCAAGCUUUGAAUAUACUCCAUUGACUACAACCCUCUGUUGCCUGUCACUCACCCACUGCCUUACCUAUUCAACAACAUUGGAAUCCAAACUUAAAGAUUGCAAUUUAUUGAUAAGCUUUCUAUGUGCAACAGUGUCAAAAGCCUUACUGAAAUCUAGUUAAGCAAUGUCUGCUGCACCACCCUGAUCUAUUAUUUUAGUUACCCAAUCAAAAAAAUCAAUAAGAUUAGUUUGGCAUGGUCUCCCUGAAGUAAAUCCAUGUUGUCUCUGAUCUUGAAAUCCAUGUGUUUUUAGAUGUUUAACAAUCCUGUACUUUAACAUGGUUUCCAUCACUUUCCCGACUACUGAAGUAAGGCUUACUGGCCUAUAGUUGCCGGACUCCUCCCUACUAACUUUCUUGUGAAUGGGCACAACAUUCGCUAACUUCCAAUCUUCUCGUGACUACUCCUGUUAACAAGGAUUGGUUAAAUAAAUCUGUUAAUGGUUUUGCUAGUACACCACUAAGCUCUUUUAAUAACUUUGGGUGUAUUCCAUCAGGUCCCAUUGACUUAUUUGUCUUUACUUUUGACAGUUGAAAUAGAACCUCUUCCUCUUUAUAAAAUCACAAGUAAUAAAUUACUAAUUUGUCCCUUUUCCUAACUGAGGUCCCUUUCCUUCAUUUUCAUCUGUAAAUACUGAACAACAAUAUUCAUUGAGGCAGUCAGCUAGACCUUUAUCCUCUUCUACAUACCUUCCUUCUUUUGUUUUUAAUCUAACUAAUUCUUGUUUUACUUUCCUUUUCUCAUUUAUGUAUCUAAAAAAUGUCUUGUCCCCUUUUUUUACUGACUGUAAUAUUUUCUCUUUUGUGUGUGAUUUGGAAGCUCUUAUGACUUGCUUAGCCUUUUUCUACUUAAUCUUAUAGAUAAUUUUGUCUUCCUCACUCUGAGUUUUUUUAUAAUUCCUAAAUGCUAACUUUUUGUUUUUUACUAUAUUGGCCACAUCUGGGGAGUACCACAGUGGCUUCUUGCAUUUUUUUGCUUUUACUGACAAGCCUAAUGCAAUUUUCUGUUGCCUUCAGUAGUGCAAUUUUUACAUAAUCCCAUUUCUCUUGGACUCCAUUUAAAUUGCUCCAGUCUGAUAAUGACUCCUUUACACUUAUUCUAAUAGAAAAGUCUGUUUUUUUUUUUAAAGUCUAAAACUUUUGUUUUUGUGUGGUGUGACUCAGUCACUGUUCUUAUAUUAAACCACACUGACUGAUGAUCACUGGAUGCUAAACUUUCACCUACAGUAAUAUCUGAUACCAAAUCUCCAUUUGUUAACACUAAAUCUAGUAUGGCCUCUUUAUGAGUUGGCUCCUCAACGACUUGUUUUAGAGACAAUCCCAGUAGGGAGUUUAGAAUAUGUGUGCUCCUGGCACAAGCAGCUAUUUUGGUUUUCCAAUUCACAUCAGGAAGAUUAAAGUCACUCUUGAUUAUAACUUCCCCCUUUAUUGUCAUUUUACCUAUUUCCUCAACUAGUAGAUUAUCUAACUCUUCUAUUUGUCCAGGGGGGCCUAUAAAUCACACCUACACGAGUUACUGAGUGAUUACCAAAUUCUAACGUAACCCAAACGGACUCUAUGUUCGCCUCACUAACUUUUAUCAGGCUAAAUUUUAUGCUAUCCUUCACAUACAGGGCCACCUCUCCCCCUUUCUUGCCUUCCCUGUCUUUUCUAUAUAUCACAGCGACUAAAUCUACACUAUCAGUUGCCAUUAUUGCCACAAGUUCAUGGAUCUUAUUCCCUAAACUGCGAGCAUUUGUAGACAUGACUCUAAGCUUAUCAUGUUUUAACACACUUGCUACAAGCACCUUCUGUCCUUGUUUUGGGGGGCAAAUGGAUUGAUGUUUUAUCACCCUUUUGCCCCCCCCCCCCCUAGUUUAAAUACACAAACACAAACAGUGUUAUCUGCAAAAGGCCUGAAGGGAAUGAUUCUACUCACCAAAUUAGCUGUAGUUGUUCUGGUGACUAUAGUGUCUCGUUAAGUAAAACAUUUUUUUUUGUUUAAUAUAGCAUUAUAUUAAUAUAUUAUAAAUAUAAUUUAAUAUAUAAGGAUCUCUUUACAUGGUCUCACACACUAGUAGACAAGCUCUUACUGACGUUCACAAACAGUGUCACUAAAACACAAAAGCACACCUGUAACGAACCGUUUUGCACACAAGAGGUUAAAAACCAUGUAACGGAUCACCUGGCACCCCGACUGGGUACCUCCGUUAAAGGAUGCUCCGAGCGCUUCCUGAGGACUCCAAGCACUGCAGCAGACACCACAACCACCGAACCGGAGAAGCAUAUGAAUCCUCUCAAGCAUUUGAAUGCUGUAGACAGUUGCAUAGGAACCAUACGAAUAGGUUUACUCUCCUAGCAGUCAAACUGGAACAGCAUACAAUAAAUCCUUCCCCCAAUAAUGAGACGACACUUCACUUUGAGGGUUAAAACAGGAACUCUCUGUACUGUCCCAUACAGUCUCUUUUAUUCCCAAUCCACAAACAUAGUACAGCCCACAGGGCGUUACAAAACAACCAAUCAAUCCGUACAAUACACCCAGACACUCCCACACAAAAUCCUCCCCUCUGGCUGUGAUAUGAUUACUGAACACAAUGGGUAAUCUAAUUAUCACAGAGAGAGAAAUACAGUUUCAUAAAACACAUCACAGGGACCCAAAACAUGCAAUAACCCCAAAAAGUAUAUCCUUGGAACUGGGGGAUCUGGGUGAACCACAUAUCCAAAAUUCACCCAGAUCCAUUCAGUACUUUGGAAAAUACAGUUUAAUGCAGAUUCUGCAGAACAUAUACAGGCUAAAUAAAAAACAAUCACUGUAUAAUGUGUCCCCUGCUGUAUAGUCCAAAACCACCGCACGAUGUCUCUGUGCAACAAAUACUGGUGAGAUGGCACCGUGUUGAAAAGUCCAAACAGUGUCUGUGAGUUAAAAUGGCCGCCAUCCAUUGUUCUCAACAUGUGCUUCUGAUACAGGAAAUGGUGGCCAGCCAGUAACUGCACAGUAUGUCCCCAGAUGGUUCUUAAAAGGGCCAGCAGCAGCACAACACAAUUCCAUCAUGCCCAAAUCAUGUCUUUAAAGGGCAAUACAUCCCAGGGGCUAUAGUCACAUGGCAGGAGGCUGGCAACCAGGCUUCUCCAGUGCAUAGUGGCGAGGUUGGUUCCGCCACAAACCAUUUAGGCAAUAUUCCCCUUUUCAGAUGCACAGGCACAGCAACUGCAGAACACCAAACUUCGGAACUGAAUACAAGGGAAUGCUCCAAACUCCCCAACUUGAUACAAGGUAGCACUCCAAACUCCCGAACUGGAACCUCACGAAUAGCUGCUACCAGACGAACAGGAAAAGCACCCAAGCGGCUUACACUCCUAGCAAUCAGUCUCUAGCAGCAUGCAGUAAAUCCCCCCAGAGACGAAUCAGAGCUCCGUGUUGUGGGUCAAGCAGUGGUCUGGUUUAAUGUGGGCUACCUGCCCUGGUGGACACUCCCCUAGGGGACCAGAUGGAGGAGAGGACUGGGACACAAACAGUAAAAUGACCAAUCACAGACAUACAGGGUUAAAACACUCCCACAGUACAUUACAAUCCCUCCCCUCUAUCCUGGAGAUAAUUGGGCAGUAAUCCAAUUAUCUCCAAGGACAGAGGCAAAACUCCAUUAACCACAUGGUUACAACAAAACACUAAUAUACAAUAAAAUACAUAAUGUUACAUUUGUCACGUAAAAUAUAUACAUGUAACCCAUCCCCAGAUAGCUGGGAUCUGAGCACACAAAAGUACUGAAUAGCGCUCAAAUCCUAUGCACACAGUCCAAUCGCUGUGAAGUUAAAGUGUUCACAAAGUCUGUUCUCCAUAGGAAUAGACUCCAUGGGAUGGCUAUCUGGGGUAAUGCUGUUCAUACAGUUUAAACUACAGAAUGAACAGGCAUCCGGUUAAAUGACCGAAUGCAGAAGCAAGGAGGCUGACGGCUCAGCGGUGUUUGUGCAAAUAAGUGUCCGUUUCCAGUUCCAUAGUUUGGGUGCUGAACACCGCUGGCCACUCGGGACUUUAAAAUGGCCGCUGCCACGUGUUCGGCAAACGAACAAAGGCCACCCAGCAUUUGUCAAUUAAGCUGCGGUUAACCGCAGCUUCUGGGAGGUAAAUUGCCGACACACUCCCAGGUGGUCCAGUCAAUCGGUUGUUUGUUUGGUAGAUUGAAUCUACCGAACACCGGGCAGAAAGGCACGAAUAAGCCUUUUCUGCAGGGGAAAAUAAGGCUUUUUAACAUGGGGCCAUAGUCCAGAGGCAACAAGUGGGCAACCAGGCUUCUCCAAUGCAAUGUGGCGAGAUUGGUCUCGUCACAACACCACUUUACAUAAAGUCACACAUUAUUUACACACACACACAUUUACAAACAUGCACACACACACACACAUGCACACAAUAAACAGUCUCCCUUAGCCUCCAGAUAUGCCAUACCAGAGUGCUGUGGAGAAGGGGACCAACCUGCAGAAAGUGAUACAGGAGUCUAUUGAGCCCACCAGAUUUUUAUUUGUUUUUACUUUUUAAUGUGGCUGAUGGCUAGCAAGCACUGGUCAGCCACCACAUGAUUAACCCUCACACUGCUAACUGCUAGCACUGCAAGUGGGAAAAUAGUUAUUUAACUUAUUAUUCGCUUGCAAAAAAAGUGAAUGAUAAUUUGCGAACGUUCAUCUUGCUGUUUGCGUUCGGUUUAUCUUUGACUGCCAUGCGGUUGUUGAUAAAUCUUUGAUGCUUUAAAUUGGGUCAUAUUUGGAUAUUGGCAUUUUUCUGAAUGCUUUUAAACUAAUUUUACAGAAUCUGUUGGACUGACUCAAUCCUGAAAUCAGUUAGCUAUAGUAAAUCUGUGAAUUGCCGAUGCAGUCCGAAUUCAGUCAUUUUCACACAGUCUAUUCAAUAACCUUGUUAAUAUUCUGAUUUGUAUCAUUAUCCAAAAAGUGAAGUCCUUCUGGACUCCUACUGAUUGAGCUUUAGUAGAAUUUUGUGAAUCUCAUCACACAAGUUUACAUACAUUUCUUCUAUCCUAAACCAUGUAAACGUCUAUUUCACGAUGUUUUGACAGAGGAUCUAGAUACAGUUGGAAAUGUCGCUUUAAAGUUUUAUUGUCUACAAUUAUGAGUUCAUCUUUCCUUGGCUUUAGAGUCUUUCAAGUUUAAUAAAGCCAUUCAACGCCCACCAUAAAGCCAUCCUGUAAUAAACACUUUCAGUUCUUGUCAUCUUUUGGCAGUUAAUAUGUUCUUAUAAUAAUGUAGCUAAUGUUUUUGUUUUUGUUGAAGCUCGGACUUAUGAAUAACGUCAACUGCUCAGAAGACAUAAAACCUCCACCCGGUUUGAGUGGGUUGGCGAGUCCUUGUGUUAAUAGCUAUUCCUGCAACAGUCCUUCAGCAUUGAGCAAACACAUCUGUGCCAUCUGUGGGGACAGAUCUUCAGGUAACUGCUGUUUUCACUUGACACUUUACACUCAGUGUCAAUCCAGUGAACUAUACUGUCCUUUGGAACUUUGGCCACUUUGGGAACAUUGGAAAACCCAACCUGCCCUUUAAAAUCGGUUUCUGCAAUGCCAAGCUCCUCUUGUUUAACAGAAUUAACAUUAAGGGUGCAAACAGCGGACAGGAGAAGGUCAUCGGCAGGUCAGAGAGACCGAGAAGGACCUACGAAUUAGUGAAGAAAUAUAACAGGGGCCAGAGUUUGUUUAGAGCAUUAUAGGUAAGGGUUAGUAUUUUGAAUGGACUCCUAUAAGAUACAGAAAGCCAGUGUAAUGAUAGACAGAGGGGUGAGAUGUGAGUGGAGCGACAGGAGAGAAAGAUCAGCCUGGCGGAAUUCAUUCAUUGCAGAUUGUAGCGAGGCAGUAUGGCUGCUGGGGAGACCAAUUAAUUACAGAGCAUGAACAAGCUCCUGACCAGCAUCUUGUGCAACUAAGGACUUUGUGCGGGAAUAUUUAUUUAAGGUGGAGGUGACAGGUUUUGGCAGACUGGACAUGAGACGCAAAUGUGAUAACACCAAGACAGCUAACUAGCAAGGAUGAGCUAAUAUGGGUACUAUCAAGUGAAAGAGGAAGAUUUGUAUUAUAAAGGUGGUAAAACAAGCUCAGUUUUAGAGAAAUUGAAUUUCAAAAAAGCGGGAGGACAUUUGAUUAGAGAUGGAAGAAAGGCCACCAGUGACACGUUGUAGGACAGUGGGGGAGAGAUCAGAAGAGGAGAGCUAUAUCUGGGUGUCAUCAGUGUACAGCUGGUAGCAAAUUCCAAAUGAAUUAAUACUUUUGCCAAGAGAGGCAGUAUAAAGUGAAAACAGAAGGGGACCAAGAACAGAGCAUUGGGGGACUUGAGGGGAGGAGGUAUUAUAAAAAAAAAAAGACACCGAAUGAACAUUGUGAGUAAUAGGAGGAGAACCAUGACUGAUCAGUGUCACAGAGAGCAGUGUUCGAAGAGUUUGAAGAAGGAGGACACAAUCAACAGUGUCAAAAGCAGCAGAGAGGCCAAGAAGUAUUAGUAUAGAGUAGUGGAUCUAGCUGUGAUUAGAUCAUUUGUAACUUUAGUAAGAGCAGUCUAAGUAGAGUGGAGGGAACGGAAGCCAGAUUGAAGAGGAUUGAUAAGAGGGUUGGAAUUGAGGAAGCAAGCCAAAGUAAAGACACGUCUUUCUAGAAGCUUUGAGGAAAAAGGGAAGGGUAUGGGACAAUAGUUGAAAGGGGAAGAAGGCUCAAGAGAUUACAUUUUUAGGAUGGUUUUGACAGUAGCAUGUUUAAGGGGAGCAGUAACAAUGCCAGAAAAAAAGAGAGCAUAUGAAUAUACACAUUAAGGGGAGCAGGGACAAUGCCAGAAGACAAAGGGAGAGAGAUCUGAAAAGGUGAGAUGAGACGGGAUCAAGUGGGGAAGUGGUGGGGUGAAUGGAAAGAAGAAGCACAGUCAUCUUUUGUUUGUUGGCGAGAAGGCCUGAAGCAUAGGAAAGGCACAUUUGAAGUGCGACAUGAGAGAGAGAAGAGUCUAGAAGUUUAAUCUUGUCAGUAAAGCAGCAUGCAACGCUAUCAGCUGUACGAUUAGUUGGGAGCUGGUCACAGCAGGUUGAAGAAGAGAGUUGAAGGUAUCAAAGAGACACCUGGGACUGUGGGAUCAUGAACUAAUGAAAGAGGAAAAGUAUGACUGUGUAAGAUCUGCACUGUACGAACGCACAAUGAAUUCAUAAUGGAGAAAGUCUGACAAGGUGCGAGAUUUCCACCAGUAGCUGAAUGGGAGCACCUCUGCAGGUAGUAUGUUGACUGGCCAUAGUUGGAGACGCGUCCUCCUUGAGGUCUAUGUUUGGAGUGGGGCUGCAGCGUCCAGGGCAGUGGUGAGGUUUGUGUUAUAUAAGAAAAUAGCCAGAGAAGGACAGGUGAAAGUAGGGAUGAAUGAGAGUUAAGAAUGGAUAUCAGCUGAGAGUUGACGGAGGUUAAUACAAUGCAGCUUCCUCCUAAGUUGAAGAAGGUUAGGUAAGAAUGAUGGGUGAGGUUUGCUCUCAAGAACAAUGAUUAAAGGUGGUGACACGGAAAGGGAAAUUGUAAUGUCACAGAGAUUAGAGAUCAUACAUGCAUCUAAAAAAAAAAAAAAGAUUGAGGGUUCUGUUAGCUUCAUGUGUGGAAGAAUCAUCCCAGUGGGAUAGACGAAGGGAAGAAAGAAGUUUUGAGGCUAUUGAGGUCAAGAGUUGGUACAUGGGGAUGUUGACGUCCAUAAGAAUUAUGGAUGGAAUAUUGGUGGAAAGAAACAGGGAGGCCAGGAAGCAAAAUGGUCAAGUAUGAGCAGAGAGGAACCAGGGGGUGGUAAAUAACGUCAAUGUUUGCAGAGAUGGGUUUGAAUAAGGGCAAUAUAGCUAAUAUUAAUUACUUUGUUAAAUCUGAACCUUCAGGCAAACACUACGGCGUAUACAGCUGUGAAGGUUGUAAAGGAUUUUUUAAACGAACCAUAAGAAAGGACUUGAUCUACACUUGUCGAGACAACAAGGAUUGCUUAAUUGACAAACGCCAGCGCAAUAGAUGCCAGUACUGUCGUUAUCAGAAGUGUUUGGCCACGGGCAUGAAAAGGGAAGGUGUGUAUCUUCAAUGACUCCCUUUAAAACUUCCAUGAAUGUACAAUGGUGUUUUAGUAAAUUAACAUGUAACGUAAUAGCAUUUUACUGUGUAAAAGAUCUCUGUAUUCCAAACGUUUUACUCUUUGAGGAACCAUAUGUCCACUCUGUUCUGCUUGUUUGAGGAUGCCCAUAAAGAUAUUAAAGUUGUCUUCUUGGUUUUGGACCUUUAGAAGGUUUUUAAAGAAUAAACAAAAAGAUGUGCAGCACUUCUUAUUCUAAACAAUGUGUCACAUUGCUUAAUGAAGACACUCAGUGAAAACUUUGCUGUUUUACCAAUAAAGGGAUGUAAUCUUUUCACAAUAUAGAGAGAAAUAAAAAAUCUUUUUGGUGUAUUCUUUGAUACUUAAGGCGGAGCUGGAGUCAUUGCACUCUUACGAAAAAUACUAUUGUUAUUUAAGAAGAUUUUUGGUGUGGUUCAAAUGUUUAUUACAAACAAUAAUAUAAACAAUGUACAAUAAAAAGUUUAAACCCCAACGUCCGAUGUGUGACGCAGCAGGAGCAAAUAUUGACAUCUCUUGAAAUAUCUCAAAACUUGUAUUUUUAUAUUAGUUGGAAGUCUGCUUAAAUGGUAAGAAUUUACAUUUUGGAAUUAAUAAAGCCUGAUUUUGUACUUCCAUUCUUUAUUCUUUAAUGACAUAUAUCAACUUUCUCAUCAUCAGCGGUGCAAGAAGAGAGGCAAAGAAGUCGAGACAAGAGUGACACAGAAGCCGAAUUGACAUGCAGUUCAAGUGAGGAAAUGCCGGUGGAGAGAAUACUAGAUGCUGAACUUGCUGUGGAACCUAAACUCGAGGCAUUUGGAGAUGGCAGUUUGCCCAAUUCUGUAAGCAAACUUUAGUAUAGUAAAUUUCAAGGUGCCUUUGGUUACCUAUAUUAGCGUGUAUAGGUAUAAAUCACAGUGAGGAAGAUGGAGGAACUGAGUCUCAAUAACCAUAAACCAAAAAAGGCUACUGAAAAUAAUCUAUCCAUGUGUUACCUCGGUACUGUGGACUAACUACUAAUGCCUACCUAAUCCAGUCUCCAUGCCUAAAACUAAAUAAAAAUAAACUAGUGUGACAACCAUCUCUCUGUGGAUUACGUUUAUCUGGUGCUCAUUCAUCUGUGUUCGUGCCUUUUCUUGUCCGAAGGGGUCCUGUGUUAUUUCCCCUUUUUCCCAGCCGAACGGCCGGCCUCCCAGCGGGAAAGUGUGCUGCUUGUUAACCUCUUGGCCUCAUUAGAACGUUGCGGUUAACCACAGACACUUCCUCUUGUUAAUGGUAGGCUGGGUGGUCGUAGUUCGUAUCAACGAACACAAGGAGGCGGCCAUCUUGCACAUACAAACACCCAUAGGUGUUCGUCAACGAUUCCGUGGAACUAAAAACGGCUACUAUUUUCAUACGAACACCACUGAAACCGCCGACCUCCCUUCCUCUGUUUCAUCUAUUCAUACGAACGAUGGCUGUUCAGCACAUUUUCAUACGAACAGAGCCACCCUCAGAUAGCCAUCCCAUGGAGCCCAUUCGUAUAUCGAAAGGACUAUGUGAAAGACUGGCUCCAUGGCGAUUGAACUAUGUGCAUAGGAUCCGAGCGCUAUUCAGUAGUUUUGUGUGCUCAGAUGCCAGCUAUCUGGGGAUACGUUAAAUGCGAAUAUUCUGUUGGGGAAUUGUGAAGUUAUAUAUUUUUGUGUAUUUCUGUUACACUGUAUAAAAUUGAGUUUUGCCUCUAUCCUCGGAGAUAAUUGAGUUACUUCCCAAUUAUCUCCAGGAUAGAAAGGAGGGUCCUGUACAGCUAAAGGGGAGUGAUUAUGUGUAUAAUAUUGUGAUUGGCUAUUGUAAUAUUGUCCCAGUUUUCCUGCAUGCCUGUGACUGGUCAUUUUACAAUUUGUGUCCCAGUCCUCCAUCUGGUCCCCUAGGCGAGUGUCCACCUGCAUAAAUACCGGGCAGGCAGCCCACAUUAAACCAGAUUCCUGCUGCCCCUCAAUACGGAGCUUUGUCUCGUAUUUGAAGGGAAUUAUUUGUAUGUUUUUCUCCUGUUCGGCUGUUUGGAGCAUUCGUAUGGUGUGGAUGAUUCGUAUGAUUUCUGUUCGGCUGUUUGGAGGGAUUGGUAGCUGCCUUUGCAUUCGGAAAGGGAACAUCUUACACGGCUUUAACCUCUUCUAUACCUGGGGUGCCGUAACAACUAGUGCAUACUAAAUUAAAGUGCUACCAAGUGAAAACAAAAAAAGAGAGAGCUCAACGCGCGUGUCGGUGUGUCAGCUCGCACAUCGUCGUCAGUAGUGGUAGCACUUUAAUUUAUGCAAUAGUUUAUUUUGAUUUAACAUUAGGCAGCGAGACUGGUUGAGGUAGGCAUUAGUGGUUAGUCCACGGUGCCGAGGUAACACAGGGAUAGAUUCUUUUAGCAGCCUUUUUUGGUUUAUGGUUAUUGAGGUUCAGUUUCUCCAUCUUUCUCCCUGUGAUUUUUACCUUUAGCUAUACCUGCCACUAGUAUACACACAGGGAGUGUGUUGAGCCAGGGGUUCUGACAUUAUUUGGAUUUUUUAGACAUAUUGUGUGUCUGUCCAGUUGGACCUUAGCUCGUUUGUACAUACACCUUACCAGCUGUAUAAGUGUAAUUUUCCCUCUACACUAACUUUUUACCUGCUAUUCUCUCAUCCUUAGAAGCUUGAAAGGUCGGAAAUCCUCUCCUUUUCAUUGUUACUCUCUCCUUAGGGCCUUCACUGGUCCGCUACAUAUUUUUUCAGUUCCAUACUGUUCCACAUGAGAGAACUACAGAAGUCAUGGGUUUUUGCAAAUAAAUAAUGUUUCUAAUAGUUUUGUAUCAUUCGGAAAGCUUAUUAAAUUAAGACCUAACUUAUAAGGGAAGGGAUGGGUAAAUAGUGGCACAUAGUAACAGACAUAGACCUCAAUUUAAUAUUGUUUAAUAAGCUUUCCAAAUGAUUCAUUAUUUUGGAUAAUUAAUUAAUAUUAUGAAAAUAAUUUUUUAUAGUAUAUUGACAUGUUUUUUUUUUUAUAUGUGAUUAAUGUUUUAAUGUUUUAAUAUAUAGAAAAAAAUAUUUGCAAAGUUUAUCACAAAAUAUUUAUUCAGAUGGAAAUCUCUCCAACAAUAAUAAACCAAUUAUAUAAUAUAGCUAUUCAUAUACAGCUAUGGGAAUAGUAAUAUGAUGAUAAAAAAGCUCUGCGUCUCGCGUGUCCGUAUCUGUAUCGAUAAGAAGGUAAAGUCAAUGUGCCACUAACAGGGAAGGUGUUCCUUGAGGUCACAUAUCGAAUAAAACAUUAAAAUCACCCAUGACGUGUGUUAGCCAUAUUUUCGUGAGAUGAUCUGGUCUCUUUUAAAUAUUUAGCAAAUCUCAUCACAAUCCAGCUACAUCCUGGCACAGCCAAGGCACGCAUUGCAUUGGAGGAGGAGAUGCAGAAUCUUUGGGGAUAUUUAUCAAAGCGUUCUGAAAAGUUAAAGAUUACUUUUCGUCGUUGCCUGAUCAUUUUAUUUAAAGUAAUCUAAAAAAUUUAAUUUUUUAUUCGAGUAAAUUCUUUAAGUUUUUACACAAAUUUCCAUUUUGGAAAAAUACAGCUCAGAGAAGUCACCUACUCUGGGCAAUUGCUGCCUCUUGAGUUUAUCUCCACUGAGCUAAACAAACCAGGAAGUAACAUUACCUGUCAGCUGCUUAAAAGCCAAGAGGGUGUAACCAUUUUCGUUUAUAAAAGUGUCUGUUUCUAUUGAAACCUGCACUCACACUCAUAAAGCAUUCACUCAUAAAGCAUUUCACAAACUAAAGUGCUUUAGGGGUCUGGAGUGUCCCUUCAAGCUUUUUAAAUAAUUUAAUAUUUUUGAAUAAACAUUUUUUUUUAAAUCUAAAUAUUAAAAUAUUUGUCAAAAUAUUAAAUAAUUUUAAAGCUUUAUGCAAGGAUUUCAAACCGUUUGAAACAAUAUUAAAUCCAGGUUUUAAUUUGAUGACUUUUUUGUUAUUAAUACAGACAUUUCUUUACAGGUCUACAUUCAAUUUGAGGGUCUUUUACGUGUGUUUUGUUUUCCGUCCCAGACAAGUGACCCAGUUUCUAAUAUAUGCCAUGCAGCUGACAAGCAACUGUUCACCUUGGUAGAAUGGGCAAAGAGAAUACCACAUUUUUCUGACUUACCUUUAGAAGAUCAAGUGAUUCUAUUGCGAGCAGGUAAUUUUUAAACUUAAUUUAUUUUACAUAGUUACAUAGUUACAUAGUUACAUAGUUGGAAAGAGACGUGCGACCAUCAAGCUCAGCCUCCCUCACAUUUGUUUUUGCUGUUGAUCAAAAAGAAGGCAAAAAACCUAGUCUGAAGCACUUCCAAUUUUGCAACAAACUAGGAAAAAAUUCCUUCUUGACCCCAAAAUAGCAGUCAGAUGUAUCCUUGGAUCAAGCAGUUAUUACCCCACUAAUUAGAAAUUAUAUCCCUGUAUGUUAUAUUUUUGCCAGUAUUUAUCCAAUUGCAGUUUAAACAUCUGUAUAGACUCUGACAAAACCACCUCUUCAGGCAGAGAAUUCCAUAUCAUUAUUGUUCUUACUGUAAAAAAAACUUUUCUUUGCCUUAGAUGAAAUCUCCUUUCUUCCAGCCUAAAUGUGUGACCUCGUGUCCUAUGUAUAGCCCUGUUUAUGAAUAGAUUUCCAGAUAAAGGUUUGUACUGGUCCCGAAUAUAUUUGUAUAAAGUUAUCAUAUCCCCUCUCAAGCGCCGUUUUUCCAAACUAAACAGAUUUAAUUUUUUUAACCUUUCUUCAUAACUAAAAUGCUCCAUUCCUUUUAUCAAUUUUGUAGCUCGUCUCUGGACCCUCUCCAGAGCCAUGAUAUCCUUCUUUAGAACAGGCGCCCAAAAUUGCACAGCAUAUUCAAGGUGUGGUCUUACCAGCGAUUUAUAAAGAGGCAAAAUUAUAUUUUCAUCCCUAUUUAUACAUGACAAAACCUUACUGGUCUUAGCAACAGCAGACUGACAUUGCAUAUUGCUGCCUAAUUUAUUGUCUAUAACAAUUCCCAAAUCCUUCUUGUGUGUGGUUAUCCCUAAUUCACUACCAUUUAUGGUGUAAGUUUCUUGUGCAUUCUUGACCCCGAAGUGCAUAACUUUGCAUUUCUCUACAUUCAAUUUCAUCUGCCGUUUUAGUGCCCAAUCUAUCCAAAUCCCUCUGCAGCAAAGCAAUAGCCCGUUUACAUUUUAUUACUUUACAAAGUUUUGUGUCAUCUGUUAACACAGAAACAUGGCUCUCAAUGCCCAUUUCAAGAUCAUUUAUAAAUAUGUUAAACAGAAGCGGUCCCAAAACAGAACCCUGAGGGACACCACUUACCACUUUUGUCCAGCCUGAAAAUGUAACAUUAAUGACAACUCGUUGUACUCUAUUAUUAAGCCAAUGUUCUACCCAAGAACAAGAAUAAUCAUCUAGACCAAUUUCUUUUAGUUUAAAGACUAACCUAUUGUGAGGAACCAAAUCAAAUGCCUUGGCAAAAUCCAAGUAGAUCACAUCCAUUGCAACACCCUGAUCUAUACUUCUACUUACUUAUUUGUAGAAUGCAAUUAGGUUAGUUUGACAUGACCCAUGUUUCAUAAGACCAUGCUGAUUAUUGGUAAUAACAAAGUUCUUUCCAAUUAAUUCCUGAAUAUUAUCCCUUAAUAGCCCUUCAAAUAUUUUCCCAGUCACAGAAGUUAAGCUCACAGGUCUAUAAUUCCCAGGUGUGAUGAGACCAAUCUCGCCACUGUGCAUUGGAGGAGCCUGGUUGCCUACCUGCUGCCUUUUGACUAUGGACCGGCAUUUAAAUACUUUAUUUUCCUAUGCAGAAAGGUCUAUUCAUGUAUUUCUGCCGGAUAGAAUCUACCGAACAAACAGCCAUCUAUUGGCCUGCCAGGAGCCGUGGUUCGCUGGCAAGCCCCGUUAAUUGGCUGCCCAGAAACCGGCAAGCUCCGCCAAUUAACCACCCAGUAGCUGCGGUUAACCGCAGCUUAAUUGACUAUACUGGAUGGCAGCAAUCUGCAGUUCACACGCGGCCAGUUCAUUCACGGAUUUACUGAAUGAACUCAUUUAACCCAAACAGCUAUGCCAUGGAGCCUAUUCGUGUAAUAAAAGACUUUGGCUCCAUGGCAAUUGAACUGUAUGUGUGUGUGGUCUGAGCGCCAUUUAGUAAUAAUGUGCGCUCAGACCUAAGCUAUCUGGGCAUAUGUUGCAUGUCUGUAUUUUAUGUAAUAAAUGGAACCUUGUGUAUUUUAUUGUAUUUUACUGUCUUUUUACUGCCAUGUGCUUAAUGGAGUUUUGCCUCUGUCCUUGGAGAUAAUUGGAUUACUUCCAAAUUAUCUCCACGUUAGAGAGGAGUGUGACGAAGUGCCCUUCACCACACAGUCCUGGAUGCUGGAGGUUCAUACAGGGUGGAAGAAAGAGGUCUUUCCCACACGGUCCUGGAGGACAGAAGCCGAUCCAGGGUGGAAGGAAGACGGCGAGACUCCAGUCAAGCUACAGCAGUUGCGGAGUCUGCGGUGGUUGUGGUGUCUGCUGCAGUGCUUGUAGUUCUCAGGAAGCACUAUGAGCAUCCAUCAAUGGAGGUACCCAGUCGGGGUGCCAGGUGAUCCGUUACAUUGGUGGCAGCGGUAGGAUGGCGUCCUAGUAUGAGGAAAAGCAGCUCGGAGACACUGGUAACGUUUGGAGUUACAAAUUGAGGGCAACGCUAGUAUCCGUACAGCGCCCCUGGCUACAGCAGGAUGGAAUUGGCUAGUUUUCGGACAUCGUUCCAUGAUGAGGAGGAGGCGGCCGCGGACUACAGGGAUGCAGACAGAAAGGAACUCUGGUAUGAUGCCCUGGAAGAUGCCCAAUGGCGGCAAGGUGAGAGUCUCCCCAGUGAUGAGCAGUGGCUACAGAAGCAUGUGGCGAUGCGGAUAUAUCUGUGGGGAGAGCAGCCCCUGGAUGAGUGGGUGACAAGACUAGAGACCCUGGUAUGGCGAGAGAUCUGGCUAGACAACGCAUACCAGGCCCUCUGGUGGCAUACCAUUUGACUUACCCCCUGGACGGCCAAGCACGACUUACCGGAGGGGGAUGAUUAUGAUGGCCCAGGUUUAUUAUGGGAUGCUUUGGAGGAUGACAUUGAUCUUGGCAGCACAGAGGGGUCCAGGUUUUGGGACAUCUACGACUACCGGAUGGGCAUGUAUGUCUGGGUUGAUGAAUGCGAAGUGAGCAAAGACAUGACCCACCUGGUAACAAGGGAGUGGGAGCUGGAGCAGGACUACCAACACCUGCUCAGCUUUGUGCAACCCCAACCUACCCGACAAGCAGAACCAGACCUCAUUGACUGGUCCUGGGAUGACCUCCAGAUGGCAGGUAGAGAUGGGACCAAGGUCUCUCUACCGGCCCUACAGGGAGCCGAAGGUGUCGUCCUUCCUCCCCAGCGGCAGUGUGAGUGCCAGGGAGCUGAAGGUGCCGUCCUUCCUCCCCAGCGGCAGUGUGAGUUCCAGGGAGCCGAAGGUGUCGUCCUUCCUCCCCAGGGGCAGUGUGAGUUACAGGGAGCCGAAGGUGUCGUCCUUCCUCCCCAGCGGCAGUGUGAGUUACAGGGAGCCGAAGGUGUCGUCCUUCCUCCCCAGCGGCAGUGUGAAUUCCAGGGGGCCAGAGGUGUUGUCAUUCCCCCCCAGCAGCAGUGUGUCCUACAGGGGGCAGAGAAAGUUCGUCUCUCUCCCCAGCAGCAGGACAAUGUUACGGGAGUGGAGACAGUCGGUCUCCCUCUCCAGUGGCAGCAUGUGUUUCAGGGAGAGGAGCACAGCCCCCUCUCUCCCCAGCGGCAGCUUACCCUAACAAGGGGAGAAACCAAUCUUCUAGAUGGCACAGAUGGGACCGUGGUCUCUGCGCCUGACCCACAGGGAUACUGGAUAGCCUGUCCAGAUCCCCAGCUACCAUCACAGGAGUAUCAGGAGGAGGAGAUAAGCCAAUUCUCCCCUCCCUAGCUAACUCCUAACUUGGCCCCAGGGUUAGCAGAGGAGAUGUUAACCCCCACUGAUCCCCACGUUCCCCUGGCUACUGAGCCGGACUAUGUCCCAAGCACUCCAGCAGAAGAGCUGGCAGCUGGGCAGAGUGCAGUUGGCCUCUGCCCUCCUUUUGUCCCUUGUCCAGAGCAUGAUGUCCUGCAGGCUAUAUCAGCGGAAGAGCUGGCAUCAGGGCAGUGCGCCGCUGGCCUCUGCCCCUCAAGUCCCCACAGCAUGUUGCCCCAUCACCCCAGAGGAAUACCCAGGGGCAGUCACUGUUUGCUGUGGGUGGGCUGCUCUAAUAACUGUUUGUUGUGGGUGGGCUACUCUGGCACUUGCUUAUGGUCGGUGGGUGAAUCGACUAACUUAGGCACUGACCGACAGAAAGUCAGGUGUCUGGUUAGUCUUCCCCCCGAAGGGGAGAUAUGUGACGAAGUGCCCUUCGCCACUUGGUCCUGGAGAGGCCUGCUUGCCAGCCUCCUACCCUAUGACUAUGACUCUUUUAUGUAUUUGGCUUUAAAGCUUCUAUUCUACCUUCAGACAGACUAUUUAUGUAGGUUGCUUUAUUUCUCUUAUGUUUUAGUCACCCUGUACCCAUUAUAGGUGCAGGGUGUGUGUAAUGUAAUUGUUUAUAGUGUGUGUGUGUACUGUGUAAUGUAUUGCCUACUCUCCUGCACUGAUGAGGUUUGCUACCAACUAGGUGGGUUUGGCUAUGGAGCUUGUCUAGUGCCCUCUGUUGGUAGCAACAGCAAUAUGCACUACCUGAAUAGCAAGAAUGGUUCAUUUGCAUAUUCGGGUAGAUUUGCAUAUUGCUAAUUCUCCAGGCACGUGCGAUAUUUUCUGUUAAAUAUUGUCUCCCCCACCCCUUUAAAAAUGUGCCAUUGUGUUGUGAUAAGUCACUGUGUGUUGCCUGCUAUGGUUUGACUGUUUGUGAUUUUAUUGAGUUGUCACAGCAAUGUUAAUGUGGUGAGCCUAUGGGUGGUCCCAAGGGAAAUAAAGGUUUAGACAGUUCUUCUUGAUCCCUCUAAAUGUAGCCUUGUCUCGUUAUUGGAGGGAGCUGUUAUAAUCACACUGGGGAUUGCUAUGCUCUGCAUACUCCCCUGAGCUUGAAUCACUUAGCUCUUUUAAGAGCUUGUUCCUGACAAGCUCUCCUUGGAGAAGAGGUCUUUCCCACACGGUCCUGGAGGACAGAAGCUGAUCCAGGGUGGAAGGAAGACGGUGAGACACCAGUCAGGCUGCAGCAGUUACGGAGUCUGCGGUGGUUGUGGUGUCUGCUGCAGUGCUUGUAGUCCUCAGGAAGCGCUAGGAGCAUCCUUCAACGGCGGUACCCAGUCAGGGUGCCAGGUGAUCCGUUACAAGGAGGGAUUGUGAUGUCAUUAUGGGAGUGUUUUACUGUGUAUUACGUGUUUAUUGGUUGUUUUACAAAACCCUGUGGGUGGUACUAAUGUUUAAGAAUGUGUAUAUAAGAACAAUAAACCCACAGCUCUGUCUGUUCCUGCUUGACCCUCUAAAUGGAGCCUUGUCUCGUUCUUGGGGGGGAUUUAUUGUAUGCUGUUCCAGUUCGACUGCUAGGAGUGGUUUUUCCUAUUCGGCUGUUUACGGCAUUAAUAUGGUUUCCUGUUCGGCAGAUUGGUGUCUUUAGUAGCUGCCUGUAUAUCUGGAAGGGGAAUAUCCGGUACAAUACCUGAAACAAAAUAAUCUUGAACAAUUAAAUACAGAGGUUCAAUUAUUUCCCUACUUAGCUCCUUAAGUACUCGUGGGUGAAUACCAUCAGGCCCCAGAGCAUUAUUUACAUUAAUUUUCUCUAACAGCUGUGUGAUGAGAGCAAUCUCCCCACAUUGCAUUGGAGACGCCUGGUUGCCCGCCUGCUGCCUUUUGACUAUGGCCCCAUGUUGAAAUGCUUGAUUUUCCCCUGCGGAGACACGAAAGCCGGGUCAUUUGGUGCUUGCCCUGUUUGAGCUGUGAUACUCCAGAUAGCUAUGCCAUGGAGCCCAUUCGUAUAAUGAAAGACUAUGGGAAAGACUUUGGCUCCAUGGCAAUUGAACUGUAUGUGUGUGCUCUGAGCGCCGUUCAGAAAUAAUGUGCGCUCAGAUCUGAGUUAUCUGGGGAUAUGUUGAAUGUACCUGUUUUGUGCAAUGGCUGCAUAGUUAUAUAUUUUUAUGUGUUUUAUUGUCUUUUGCUGCCAUGUGUUCAAUGGAGUUUUGCCUCUGUCCUUGGAGAUAAUUGGAUUACUCCCCAAUUAUCUCCAGGAUAGAAGACUCUAUGGAACUGGUUUUGGGCAGAAAAGCCAUGAUUCCUUUGGUCACAAAGAACUAUGAUCUAGCUUUUGAACCACUGGACCAAUGUGGAUGAUUUUGACAUAUGUUUGUAUUUGGAGUGCUGAUUCUGAAAAUGUAAUGUUUUAUGUGAAUGUGAUGCAUACUUUUAAAGUUAUGAAUAAUGUGGAAAAAUUGUAUUUCUCUGCCGGUGAUAAUUACAUUACCCAUUGUGUAAGGUAAUUGUAUCACAGGCAGAGGGGAGGAUUUUGUGUGGGAGUGUCUGAGUGUAUUGUACAUGUUUAUUGGUUGUUUUCCAAAACCCUGUGGGUGGUACUAAUGUGUAAGAAUGUGUACAUAAGAACAAUAAACCCACAGCUAUGUCUGUUCCUGCUUGACCCUCAAAACGGAGCCUUGUCUCGUUCUUGGGGGGAUUUACUGUAUGCUGUUCCAGUUCGUAAACCUAUUCAUAUGGUUUUUCCUAUUCAGCUGUUUACAGCAUUCGAAUGCUUGAGAGCAUUCAAUGCUUCUCCAGUUCGGUGGAUUGGUGUUCUGCAGUAGCUGUGCCUGUGUCGCUGGAAGGGAAGAUCUACUAAACGGCGGUUUAACCCUUUUAUGCCUGGGGGUUCCGUUACAGAAGUGUAUACAGAGGAAUGUGGUAAAGUGGUUUUGGAAUGUGGGCGGAGUAGUUGGGUUGGAUGGGUGGGCUAGUAUAAAAAGGUUGCCAUCUUACAGUAUAGGAGCCAUCUUAAUUAUCAGUUGGGAUCAGCUCUCCGCCCUCCUUUAUUUGUUUCAUGUUUGUUUGUUUUAUUUGUCACAACUUGUACCAGCGGGCGUGGUGGGAGCCCAGCAAGCUUGGUGGGUGCCCAGUGGGCAUUGUGGGAGCCCAGCGGGUGUGUGGGUGCCCAGCCGGCACAUGGGAGCCCAGCGGGCAUGUGGGGGUAUAAUGCCCUUGUCAAACGUGAGUUGGCAAGGUGGUACUCAGUGCCAUAUCUAUUUAUUCAGUAAUUAUAUAUAUAGUGUUUUAUGUUAUAAAGUUGAAGUUUAAAGAUUUAUACAUUUAUAUUUUAAUAAAGUUGUGGCCUAUUUUAAUCCAAACAAAGUCUGCUGUAUUUUCAUUGUAAGCAAAGGUUGGGUUUAUCGAGAAUCAUGUUUAUGCCCAUACACAGUUACCCUCUCUACCUACGCACAUGCUAGUUGUUGUGUUGUGAGUAGAGUUGAGCAGACACCUGCAUGUUUGGGUCCGGCGGGUUCAGGGUUCAGGAUCGAACUUGACCCCGUAUUUGACCCCGAACCCGAACCCGAACCCCAUUAAAUUCAAUGGGUACCAGAACUUUUGGGCACAAAAAUGGCUCUAAAAAAAUCCUGGAAAGGGCUAGAGGGCUGCAAAAGGAAAAUGGGGGUAAGAGUAGGGUAAGUGUCCAGCAAACAAAUGUGGUAGGGAAAUCACUUAAAAUAACAUAAAAUACCUAAAAAAUUAAAAUACAGCUGAGCCAUAAAAUAGCACUAGAUGGAAUCUUUGAUUUUAGCUUUGGAAUAACAUCAAUCAAAAUCUAAAGCAUGGCUGUCAGGAGGAUCACCAGAAUUAUCCAUUUGAGAGAGGGUUGGUGCAGGGUAUUCUCUUUCAUUGUUCAAACUGAUCUCAACUCCUGAUGCAUGGAGAAAAGACCUUCACAAGCCUGUGCUAUUGUGUACAUAGUUUAUACUAAUUGACCUAUAGGUUUAGGAGGCGGUGACCGUGGCGUUGUAGGUGGAAGCAGCGAUGGAGGAGGUAGCCAACACUGUGUGUGAGUGCGUGAGGGCGGCAGUGUAUGUCAAGGUUGCAGUGUGUGUGUUAGGGGGCAGUGUAUGUGUGGGGCAGUGUGUGAGAGCUGCAGUGUGUGUGUGAGCGGUGCAGUGUUUGUGAGAGUUGCAGUGUGUGUUUGGGGCAGUGUGUGAAUGGGGGCAGUGUGUGUACUGUGUGUAUGGGGGCAGUGUGUGUAUGGGUGUGCAGUGUGUGUAUGGGGGCAGGCAGUGUUUGUGGUGCAGUAUGUUAGGGGGCAGUGUUUGUGGGGCAGUUUGUGUAUAUGGGCUGUGUUUGUGGGGCAGUGUGUGUAUAUGGGGCAGUGUUUGUGGGGCAGUGUCUGUAGUGUGUGUGUGUGUGGGGCAGUGUGUGUAGUGUGUGUCAGUGUAUGGGGGGGUCAGUGUGUGUAGUGUGUUUAUGGGGGUACUGUAUGGGGGGGCAGUGUAUGGGGGCAGUGUGUGUAGUGCGUGUAUGGGGGGCAGUGUUUGUAUGGGGGAAAGGAGGGUAUGGAGGCUUUUAAAUUUUUUUUUUAUUUAAUAAAAUAAAUAUUCAUUAUGUCCCCCCUCCCUUCUUACAUUUACUGGGAGGAGGGGGGGACAUUUCUGGAUCCCUGGUGGUCCAUGGUGAAUCCCAGUGGUGGUGAGGUGAACUCUAGCCCUCGCCCCAGGGCAGGAGUUCACUUCUCACGAGAUUUGGAGCAUUGCCGUGGUAACCGCAGGAACGCUGCAGGUAAGAGCUCCCGGGUCCUCUCUCACUCCCUCCCCUGCUGGCUGUCAGCACAGUGCCUGUGGAUCUCUGAUCUCCCUCCCCAGUCCGCAGGCACAUUGCAGGGCUGGCACUUGGACAAUGCCAGCCCUGCAUUAGCCGGCACGGGAGAAUAUCGGGGGGGGGAGGGGAAAAUGCCCAGUUGCCCCCCCCUUGGAUCCGCCACUGUCUCCAGCAUGUGCAAGGUGGAGUUCCACCUUGUGGGCACGUCGCAUAUGAGGCUGUGAGCGGGAAAGCCAAAGUUACGCUGCAGCGCAGACAGGCGAGCAGCAGGGUGAGAACGCCUAAAGCGCGCACAGCCACUACAGUAAAUUUCACAUCCUGUUCCAAGUUGCGGAUCAGUCUGGUGAUGGCUUCUGGUAUCCAGUACUCUUUUUACUGAACCUGCAUCAGGGUCCUGGUAUGUGGCCGCACAAACCCUGGUGCUCAACACCAGGGGGCGUGCGGUUACCCUGUACCAGACCCUGCUAAUCCAUUUCACACUGUGACUCCUAACUUCAACAUCAGGCAUACUGGGUCCCGAUCAUCCAACUGCCGCCCAGACAGUGUCUGGGUUCCCGUCACCUGACUGCGAAACUACGAAUGGCUCAUUAAAUCUGUUAUGGUUCAUUUUAUCGCUCCAUCUGUUUCUUGGAUAGCUGUGGAAAUUCAAAAAAUAAUAAAUGCUGACGAGCACAAGGGGAUGGCUGCUCCGCUUUUGCACCCUUUUCCCUCUUAUGCUGUGCUGGUGCCUCUUGUAUGUACGUAGUGGGGAAUUGCGAUGCAGCCUAGAACAAAAUCUAACCCCAUUCAACCCCUCAAUAACGACAGACCACUGAGUAUGAAUGAAACAGUCCACAGCAUUUAUUAUCACAAACUAAAUUACUGCAUAACACAUCCAUAACUUUAUUUAUUAAAUCUCUUCUUUUCCUGUAACCAAAACGUUAGACAUAAAUAAGCAUAAAUUAACAUAUAUACAUAUAUAACUCCACACAUAGUGUUAUACAGUGACCCAACCGUCCUUGCCAAUAAACAUACAGUGGUUCCUAAUCACCACUUCCUCUCACCUCCCCCCUCGUCAUAAAAUCAUAUCUUUCCAAUGCCCGCCAUCAGCCAACCUUAUCCACGCUCGAUGGGCACGACACCUCAGGCAACCUAAUGUUAACUGUUUGAAGCAGGGGAGGUUGAGAACUUAAAAACUUGUUCAUCUCAUUCCAUAUAUUUAAACGUAACCCCUCAAACUCAAUUGGCAAAGACAUACCCCCGGCAAGCUGUGACUAAAUAUGCCAAUAGAGCGGGCGGGAAGCUGUUUGCUGGCCCGAAUCCCAAGUGGCACACUAACUUACACAGAACAUAAUCCCACCCACACACUCUUUCCCAAACAAUCCCAUGCAUCUAUCUCCACACUCCUACAUGUACCCUGGUCCGCUUAGCUGCGCUAUCUCCCCAGGGUCUGUGCGACGAGUGCCUCUUCCUCCAAACUGCACACAUCACGCGCAUGACCUUGAUUCCAUGUGGGGUCUAGGACCUCAUCAUCCUCCACAUCAUCUUCCACACACUCCUCAACCCUGUCCUCCUUGCCGGUAUGCACACUGAAGAAAGCCACAGCAGUUGGCACCAGUGUUUUUCCAGCAUGUAAAGUCUGCAAAGGACAUAUGGAAAUUGUUUUAGAAUUGUAUCCAGGCAAUAGUUUUCCCUGUAAACUGACCUCUCAGUUUGACUUAUGAGGGUAUUGCCCCUGAAUUACAAUAUUGUUAUAUUGGUAUUUGACGGUUCUAUUUGACUGUCAGAUAUGAAGUGUACACCCCAAAUGUACUAUUUAGCACCCAAAACAAUUUGACUUUUUCAAAGUGCACUGUAAGAACAAUGUUUGACGGCUCUAAUUGACUCUCGGAUAUGAAGUGCACCGCAGGACGCAAAUGUACUAUUUACCAUUAGCACCCAAAACAAUUUGAAUUUUUCAAAGCACAGUGUUUAACAGUUCUUUUUGACUCUCAGUUAUGAAGUGCACACCCCAAAUUUGAAUUUUUAAAGUGCGCUGAAAGCACAGUAUUUAAUGGUUCUAUUUGACUCUCAGAUAUGAAGUGCACUGCAAGACACAAAUGUACUAUUUAGCACUCAAAACUAUUAGAAUGUUUCAAAGUGCGCUGCAAGCACAGUGUUUGACGGUUCUAUUUGACUCUCAGAUAUGAAGUGCACCGCAGGACGCAAAUGUACUAUUUAGCAUCCAAAACUAUUAGAAUGUUUCAAAGUGUGCUGUAAGCACAGUGUUUGACGGUUCUAAUUGACUCUGAGAUAUGAAGUGCACCGCAGGACGCAAAUGUACUAUUUAGCUCCCAAAACAAUUUUAAUUUUUCAAAGUGCGCUAUAAGCACAGUGUUUGACGGUUUUAUGUGACUCUCAGAUAUGAAGUGCACACCCCAAAUUUAUUUUUUAUCACCCAAAACAAUUGGAAUUUUUCAAAGUGCGCUGAAAGCACAGUAUUUGACGGUUCUAUUUGACUCUCAGAUAUGAAGUGCACCGCAGGAUGCAAAUGUACUAUUUAGCUCCCAAAACAAUUGGAAUUUUUCAAAGUGCGCUAUAAGCACAGUGUUUGACGGUUCUAUUUGACUCUCAGAUAUGAAGUUCACCGUAGGACGCAAAUGUACUAUUUAGCACCCAAAAUAAUUUUAAUUUUUCAAAGUGCGCUGUAAGCACAGUGUUUAACGGUUCUUUUUGACUCUCAGAUAUGAAGUGCAGACCCCAAAUUUACUUUUUAUCACCCAAAACAAUUUGAAUUUUUCAAAGUGCGCUGAAAGCACAAUAUUUGACGGUUCUAUUUGACUCUCAUAUAUGAAGUGCACCGCAGGACGCAAAUGUACUAUUUAGCUCCCAAAACAAUUUGAAUUUUUCAAAGUGCGCUAUAAGCACAGUGUUUGACGGUUUUAUGUGACUCUCAGAUAUGAAGUGCACACCCCAAAUUUAUUUUUUAUCACCCAAAACAAUUGGAAUUUUUCAAAGUGCGCUGAAAGUACAGUAUUUGACGGUUCUAUUUGACUCUCAGAUAUGAAGUGCACCGUAGGACGCACAUGUACUAUUUAGCACCCAAAACAAUUUGAAUUUUUCAAAGUGUGCAAAUGUACUGUUUAGCAUUAGCCCCCAAAAUAAUUUUAAUUUUUCAAAGUGCGCUGUAAGCACAGGGUUUAACGGUUCUUUUUGACUCUCGGAUAUGAAGUGCACACCCCAAAUUUACUUUUUAUCAUCCAAAACAAUUUGAAAUUUUCAAAGUACGCUGAAAGCACAGUAUUUGACGGUUCUUUUUGACUCUGAGAUAUGAAGUGCACCACAGGACGCAAAUGUACUAUUUAGCUCCCAAAACAAUUGGAAUUUUUCAAAGUGCGCUAUAAGCACAGUGUUUGACGGUUCUAUUUGACUCUCAGAUAUGAAGUGCACUGUAGGACGCAAAUGUACUAUUUAGCACCCAAAAUAAUUUUAAUUUUUCAAAGUGCGCUGUAAGCACAGUGUUUAACGGUUCUUUUUGACUCUCAGAUAUGAAGUGCAGACCCCAAAUUUACUUUUUAUCAUCCAAAACAAUUUGAAUUUUUCAAAGUGCGCUGAAAGCACAGUAUUUGACGGUUCUUUUUGACUCUGAGAUAUGAAGUGCACCACAGGACGCAAAUGUACUAUUUAGCUCCCAAAACAAUUUGAAUUUUUCAAAGUGCGCAAAGCACAGUGUUUGAUGGUUCUAUUUGACUCUCAGAUAUGAAGUGCACACCCCAAAUUUACUUUUUAUCACCUAAAAACAAUUUGAAUUUUUCAAAGUGCGCUGAAAGCACAAUAUUUGACGGUUCUAUUUGACUCUCAGAUAUGAAGUUCACCGCAGGACGCAAAUGUACUAUUUUGCACAACAAAAGUGUGAUUUUUUUAAACCAACAAUGUAACAGUAGUAUUUAAGGGUUUUAUUAGACUGCAAGUAAUGCAGUACACAAAUGUACUACUUAGCACCCAAAAAUUGCAGUAUUUAAAAAUGCCCAGAUGUUGCCCACUGAACUACCAGAACAGGAUUAAAGUCAUGUGCCUGGCACACAUGCAGUUGCAAGUGCACUGCAUUCUCUGUGGCACUGGGCUCAGUUGCACAAAAAUGUAGUAUAGCACCCACUAAAAUAAUCGCAGUAGUUUGAAUAAUCGCUGUAGUUUGCAGAUUCAACACCAGAAUUCAGCUGCAGCAUCCUCUCCCUACACUAAUAAGAGCUCAUGUGCGUGCGGCGCUACGUGACUCCAGCUUAUAUAUAGAGGCUGUGUCACAUGCUGCACUGGCCAAUCACAGUCAUGCCAAUAGUAGGCAUGGCUGUGAUGGCUUCUAAGGGCAAACGAGUCAAACGCUUGUUGAUUGGCUGCCCUGCAGCCUUUCAAAACGCGCCAUUAAAUCGCCGAACACUGAACUCAAACCCGAACAUACAUUGAAAUGUCCGUGUUUGGGUGAGGGGUCCAAAAACCGUAAUGUUUGGUACGAAUACGAACUUUGUGGUUUGGGGUUUGCUCAACUCUAGUUGUGAGUCUUUUCCCCAUUAUUACUUACUAAACCAUAACAUGUUUGUUCAGAAUCUGUCAUACGCACAUUACUCAUCUACAAGAAUAAUGUAAUAUUUCAUUGUUGCAAUUAACACAUCAAUCUUUGUACCAGCGGGUUUGCUAAGGCUAAGCUCUGCAUCUGUCUGUUAUAUGAUAUUCAGAAUUUUCAAAUUUACACCACAUUAUCAAGUCUAGUAAUCAAUAAGUGAUGUAAUCAUUGUAUCCAUUAGUACAAAUGCUCAGAAAAAGGCAGAAUGGUUCAAACAGAUCUAACACUUAAAGGGACACUAUAGUCACCAAAACAACUUUAGCUUAAUGAAGCAGUUUUAGUGUAUAGAUCAUGCCCAUGCGGUCUCACUGCUCAAUUAUCUGCCAUUUAAGAAUUAAAUCACUUGUAUUUCUGUUUAUGUAGCCCUAGCCACUGAAGCAGCCUGCAUGAAAAAUUGUUUUAUUUUCAAUCAGAUGUUACUUCCUUUAGAAGUUUUUUAUCGUCUGCUAUGUAAUUUAACUUGGACAAUUAUCAGAGCCAGAUAUAAGAAAUUCUAAAUUAAACAGACUGUGCAAUAAAGGAAGUUAAAACAUCAGAUCUCUAUUUACAGGAAGUGUUUAGGAAGGCUGUGUAAGUCACAUGCAGGGAGGUGUGACUACAGCUGUAUAAACAAAGUGAUUUAACUCCUGAAUGGAAGAGAAUUGAGCAGCAAGACUGCAGGGUCAUGUUCUCUACAGCAACACUGCUUCACUAACUAAAACUAACUUUUGGUGCUUAUAGUAUCAGUUUAAAGUUCAGAGUUUAUUUAGCUUCAAUAAUAAUAAAGACUCAUUUGAUGGCGAAGGACAGUUUGCCAAAGAGAACAAAGUUCACUGAAAAUAAUUUCAGGGUGUCAUGUCCCAGGUCAUUCAGUUGACGUGACUUUAUGAUGAAACAUGACAACAUUGCCUCCUGUCUGUUAAACCCAAUAUCUCUGAUAUAAAAUGGAAGACAUCCCUGGUACUGUCAUGGAUAUCCACAUUCUUUAUCGGUUCUUAGCGAUGUUAUGUGUCUAUUUGUAGGUUGGAACGAGUUGCUGAUUGCAUCCUUUUCUCACCGCUCUGUGUCUGUUCAGGAUGGUAUUCUCCUUGCAACAGGGCUUCAUGUCCAUAGAAGCAGUGCACACAAUGCUGGUGUAGGCUCCAUCUUUGACAGGUAAAACUUCUUCUAAGUCUAUCCGUUGCCAACGAUACCGAAAGCUUCUCACUGAUUUUAUUUCAAUAGGGUGCUGACUGAACUGGUCUCUAAAAUGAAAGACAUGGAGAUGGAUAAAUCAGAGCUGGGAUGUCUGCGAGCAAUUGUUUUAUUCAAUCCAGGUAAAGAAAACGAAUUCCCGUCACAUCUCCAUUCUCGUUUUACUUUGAUACAAUUAAUAGAACUGGUAAUUACCCUUGUUUGAUAACUAAUUCUAAGUCAUGACCAGCAGAACAGGUUUUCAGAACCUCACCACCAGAUAUUCCACUUUGUAAGGGUCAACAAAAGACAUCCAGUUCACCAUAAUUAAUUUCAUCCUUGUCUGUCUGUUACCUUUUACAAUCUAGCCUAUGCUUCUUAACGUGAUUAACAUCAAUGUUAUUUUGCCUAACAAAAGAUUAAUUUCAUAUCGAAUGUGUUGGACUGCAUAGUCAAAACUGAAGCAGGGUGUGAGUGAAUACUGAGAAUGAAUUGAGUUAGUCCCAGAUCAUGUCUCAAGCUGGAUUUUGUUUGCAUGUGCCGUUACACAGAGAAUCUGCAUCAUUUGCACACUGACCCCCCGAAAGGGCAGUCCAGAUGCAAAAUGAUGGCAAAUCCUUUGUGUGAGGGACAUAAUAAUCCCAGAAAACCAUUUUGACCUUAGUGGGCACGUUAGUGAGGUGUGGUUUAUAACAAUCUGGGCACUGUGAACGUUCAAUCCAUGUUUGGUAAACACUUUUACAUUAGGGAGCUAUUCUGGGCAGAGUAGGUAGAUGUUCCUACCAAGAACAUUUUGCAAAACAGUAAUUUUUGAGCGUCUUAUAUUGACAUGAAGAGCUUUGUUAUACAAUCAUUCAUUUUGCUUCAUUCCAGCUAGAACUAAACUCUCCUUUUGUAGUUCCUUAGUGUUCCUACGAGUUGUGCCAUAGUAUCGUCCAGGUUAGAGAAACCGCAUUCUGUAUUGUUAUUGGUAUAUUAUAUGUUAUUAUACAUACCCCACUUCUUUUAUACUGUAAGCUCAUUUAAGAAGUUGCCUCCUCCCUCAUAACAAACUCUAUUUUGUCACAGUUACUUGUAAGUAAACACUACAUAAUAUAUUUUAAAAAUAGCACCUACUGUCCUUAUCAUUUCCUGUCUGUUAUUAUUUAUUUAUAAAAUAUUUUACCAGGAAAGAUACAUUGAGAUGUCCUGGGUCCACAAAUCAUUGCAUUGUUACAUUAGGGUACAAUAAAAUACAAAAACAAUAUUAAUACACACUAUAUACAAAAUUUAACAUAGAACAGGCAGGAAAUAUAUAAUCAACCAUGACAGGUGCAUUCUGUUUUGAGGUAUGUAGAGAGGGAUCUCUUAAAUAACUUUAAGCUUAGGGAAGAUUUUAAAUUGUGCGGGAGGCCAUUCCACAAUUGCGGUGCUCUGUAGGAGAAGGAGGAUCGGGCCGCUUUCUUUUUGUAUUGAGGUAGACUAAGUAAAGUGCUGGUACUGGAUCGGAGCUUAUAGGAAGUGGGAACAGCUGGGGAAAGCAUUUUGUUCAGGUAGGGUGGGAGUUUCCUAGAAAAGCUCUUAAACACAAGGCUGGAAAGAUGAAGGGUGCGUCGGGAUUCCAGCGACAGCCAGUUUAGUUCUUUUAGCAUGUCACCAUGAUGUGUCCUGUAAUUACAUUGUAGCACAAAUCGGCAGAACGAGUUAUACAAUGUGUUGAGUUUAUUAAUGUGGGCUUGCGAUGCAGAAGCAUAUACUACAUCCCCAUAAUCAAUGAUUGGCAUCAGGAUUUGCUGUACAAUAUUUUCCUUUACUGUAGGGCUUAGGCAGGAUUUGUUUCUGUACAGGGCACCUAGUUUUGGAUAAAGUUUAGAUGCAAGUUUUUCUAUGUGCAGGCCAAAAGAGAGAUUGGGGUCUAACAUCAUACCCAAGUAUUUAAAAGAGUGGGCUGCGGUCAGUGUGCCAUUUGAAUUAGUUUUGAUGGAUAGGUGGGAAUUGUGUAAUUUGUGUAAUUUAGGUAGUGUUCCAAAGAUCAUUGUGACAGUUGUGUCCGUGUUCAGGAAGAGUUUGUUUUUUGCGAUCCACUUUUCUACCUCUGUAAACUGGUCUUGGAGCACAGCCUCAAGUUGCGGUAGAUUGGAUUUGCUCGCAUAGAUUACUGUGUCAACUGCGUACAUGUGUACAUUUGAGGAUUUGCAGACAUUAGGCAGAUCAUUUAUAAAUAAUGUAAAUAGUAGGGGGCUGUGACGAAGUGCCCUUCGCCACUUGGUCCUGGAGAGGCCUACUUGCCAGCCUCCUCCCCUGUGACUAUGACUCUUUCAUGUAUCUGGCUUUAAAGCCCCUAGUCUACCUUCAGACAGACUAUUUAUGUAGGCUGCUUUAUUUAUCUUAUGUUUUAGUCACCCUGUACCCAUUAUAGGUGCAGGGUGUGUGUAAUGUAAUUGUUUAUAGUGUGUGUGUGUGUACUGUGUAAUGUAUUGCCUGCUCUCUUGUAUUGCUGAGGUUUGCUACCAACUAGGUGGGUUUGGCUAUGGAGCUUGUCUAGUGCCCUCUGUUGGUAGCAACAGCAAUAUGCACUACCUGAAUUGCAAGACUGGUUCAUUUGCAUAUUUGGGUAGAUUUGCAUAUUGCUAAUUCUGCAGGCAGGUGAGAUAUUUACUGUUAAAUAUUGUCUCCCCCCACCCCUUUAAAAAUGUGCCAUUGUGUUGUGAUAAGUCACUGUGUGUUGCUUGAUAUGGUUUGACUGUUUGUGAUUUUAUUGAGGUUUCACAACAAUGUUAUUGUGGUGACUGUAUUGGCUGGUCCCAAGGGAAAUAAAGGUUUUGACAGUUCUUCUUGAUCCCUCUAAAUGUAGCCUUGUCUCGUUAUUGGAGGGAGCUGUUAUAAUCACACUGGGGAUUGCUAUGCUCUGCAUGCUCCCCUGAGCUUGAGUCACUUAGCUCUUUUAAGAGCUUGUUCCUGACACGCUCUCCUUGGAGGAGGGGUCUUCACCACACAGUCCUGGAUGCUGGAGGUUCAUACAGGGUGGAAGGAAGAGUUCUUUCCCACACAGUCCUGGAGGACAGAAGCUGAUCCAGGGUGGAAGGAAGACGGCGAGACUCCAGUCAAGAUAUGGCGGUUGCGGAGUCUGCGGUGGUUGUGGUGUCUGCUGCAGUGCUUGGAGUCCUCAGGGAGCGCUAGGAGCAUCCGUCAACGGAGGGUACUCGGUCGGAGUACAAAGGAGCUCCGUUACAGGGGCCGAGAAUGGAACCCUGGGGAACACCACACGUGACUGGGAGAGGGAGGGAGUCGCUGUCAGAAAUUGACACAUAUUGCCAGCGAUCUGAUAUAUACGAUCGAAACCAGGUUAGCGAACGGUCACCAAUACCUGAGUUUUUGAGUUUGUGCAGUAGAAUGUCAUGGUCUGCUGUGUCAAGGCAAAUGUGUGCCAUUUAUUAGCUUGGCAAUCAGGGCAGUAGAGCAUCUGACAAAAUAAUUGUUAAAGGCAUUUGCUACAUCUAAGGGAAGUUGCAGGGUUUGGUUACCCACUUGAGGUCAGCUGUGAUCCAGUUCAUAUGUGCUCCUUUUACCCUCACCUUACACAGCGGGCAUGCAAAUUCCAAAUUUCAGACUGAAAGAAUUCAAAGGCACAGUCUAGAUCUGGGAUAAUGUUUAAUCUGUGACAUGGGAGGUGUCAUUUAGAAAGGAUUCAAGAUAAUUUUUUUUGAAGGACCAAGUUAUUUUAACCUAGGGAGAGGAUUUAAUAGGCUUUAUUUUGCACAUGCAGUACACCAAACAGUGAUCACACCGGCAUCCUGGAUUCUAUCAGGAGAAGUGGAGAGAAUCCAGUCGAGCAGGGUAUGGUUAUGGCUUUUAAUGUUUAUGCGAGUUGGGGAGGAGAUUAAUUUGCUUUAGCUGCAAAGUCCUAAACAGCGUGCAAGAGCUAUUAUUUUUAGGGUUCAGCCAAUCAAUAUUAAAAUCUCCAAAGACCAACAGUUCACUUUUUGGGUUUUGAGCUAUGGUUUCACUAAGGAGAUGGGCUAUGUCAGAAAGGGAAUGCACUGGGGAGCUAGGUGGGCGGUACAUUCCUGCAACAAUGAUUGAUUUACUGCACGGGAUCUCAAUUGUGCCAGAAAGGAAAUCAAAGGUGGCAGAAGGGCUAAAGUUUCGUAAGGGGGUAAACUUUAUGGAAUUGUCAACAUAAAUAACAAUGUCUCCUCCUCUCUUUGCAGAGCCGUGAGUGACAGUCUGUUCUGCCCUAUCUUAACUGUCUUUAUACAGAUUACACUAUGUUUUUUAUUUUAUGCUUUUAGAUAUUACCUGAUUAUACUGACAAGCUCAGGUUGUAUUUUUGGAUAUUUACCACUAUUUCACUUUGUGUGGUUUGAUAUAAACUUUGUCUUUGUUAUUCACAUUUUUAUUGUGUUUGGGGAAACACUCUUAUAUCUACCACCACUCUUAUCUUCAUACUCACUGUAACGGAACGCCUGGCACCCCGACUGGGUACCUCCGUUGAAAGAUGCUCCUAGCGCUUCCUGAGGACUCCAAGCACUGCAGCUGACACCACAAUCACCGAACCAGAGAAGCGUAUACCUUCUCUCAAGCAUAUGAAUGCUGUAGACAGUUGAAUAGGAACCAUACGAAUAGGUUUACUCUCCUAGCAGUCAAACUGGAACAGCAUACAAUUAAUCCUUCCCCCAAUAAUGAGACGACACUUCACUUUGAGGGUUAAAACAGGAACUCCCUGUACUGUCACAUACAGUCUCUUUUAUUCCCAAUCCCCAAACAUAGUACAGCCCACAGGGCGUUACAAAACAACCAAUCACAUCACAGUUACAUCCCACAUAUUCCCUCCCCUUAUCCUGAGAGGAAACUCAAUUAUACAUACAGUUAAAACAUACUUUCUACCCAACUUUCAUAACUCCAAAACCAUACAUCACAUUCACAUAAAAUUACAUAUUCACAAUCAAUCCAUUCAGGGGAACAACAUAUUCAAAAAUGGCACAAAUCAGACAAGGGGUUCAAAAGUUAGUAAAAAGUCCUUUGUGACUAAAUGAAGCAUGGCUUUCUGGCCCAAACCAGUUUCAGAGUCUUCUAUCCUGGAGAGUAAUUCAAUUAUCUCCCAGGAUAGACACAAGACUCCAUUAAGCACAUGGUUGCAAAAAGACACAAAACACUUUAAAAUACAUAAAGUCACAUUUACACAUAACACACAGACAUUUCACAUAUCCCCAGAUAGCUGGGAUCUGAGUGCACAUUAUUAGAUGAAUGGCACUCAGAUCACACAAAUAAGCCUUUCUGCAGGGGAAAUAAACAGUUUAACCUGCAGGGCCAUAGUCCAAAGGGAGCAGGCGAGCAACCAGGCUUCUCCAGUUCACAGUGGCGAGGUUGGUUUCGCCACACUUCUCCCCUUUACCAACUAGACUAACAGGGUAUCUGACCUCCUGCCGGUCAGUGCCCUGGUUAGUCCAGCAACCCACCCACAAAACAGAAACAGCAGUACAGCCCACCCACAAUAACUGGUUACUACACCUGGGUAGAGGAAAACUUUGUCCAUGUCCAGGUGCCUCACCACGACUGUGUGGGCAACUGUUAGGCUGCCUUGGUGGGUUGCUGAGUGGGCAGAGACCAGCGGUACUCUGCCCUGAUGCCAGUGCUACCACGGAAGUAGCCUGGUGGGAGCCUGGUUGUGGGAGGGAGAGACCGACUGUCUCCCCUCUGGAUACACCGCUCUGUGGCUGGGGAACAGGACCGACUGUCCCUACCCCUUGUGCUGUAAGUGCAGAGACUACAGUCCCAUCUGCACUGUUGGGGGGUGUAACAUCUCCCCUUGCUGGGUUAGGCUGCCGCUGGAGAGAGGGUGUAACAAGCUCCUCUCUCUGAACUGUAAACUGCCGCUGGGGAGAGGGGGUAUCAGGCUCCUCUCCCUGACACUCUCUCUGUUGGUGGAGAGGGGGACCAGCUGUCUCCCCUUUCAUUAUUUUGUCCUGUGGUUGGGGUGCGAGACUGACGGUCUCUGCUCCCUGCAGGACACUCUGCCGCUGGGGAGGAAGGACGGCACCUUCAGCUCCCUGGGGUACACACUGCCUCUGGGGAGGAAGGACUGCACCUUCAGCUCCCUGGGGUACACACUGCCGCUGGGGAGGAAGGACUGCACCUUCAGCUCCCUGGGGUACACACUGCCGCUGGGGAGGAAGGACUGCACCUUCAGCUCCCUGGGGUGCACACUGCCGCUGGGGAGGAAGGACUGCACCUUCAGCUCCCUGGGGUACAUACUGCCGCUGGAGAUCUGGGCCGACCGCCCAGCAUCCCUGUAGGGCCGGUUGAGAGACCGCCGUCCCAUCUCCACCUGCCAUCUGUGGGUCUUCCCAGGACCAGUCUGUGAGGUCCCUCAACAUUUGCGAGUAAGGACCACCUGCUUCCGCACCUGGCAACUCCGGCUGCUGCUGGGGAUCUGGGCCGGUCCCAUCUCCACCUGCCUGUUGUGGUUCCUCACAGGACCAGUCUAUGAGGACCCCUACUUCGGGUUCCUGCGGCCGCCUCAGGGGGAGACGGCUAGCCUCCUCGGAUGCAGCCUCUACUCGGCUGCUGUAACACUCCUUCCGCUGAGCAUACUCUCUCUCUUUCGCCAGCCGGAAUUCUCGGGCCAGCCUUGUGUUUCGCUCGGCCGUGACCUGGUUCCAGAUCACCCGGCGUACCUCCAUGGGUAAAUCAUCCCCAUACUGGGCCACUCGCUGCCUCACCUCGGCCAUCCAAUCAUCGCCAGAGCCUUCCAUACUUGUCUGCUCCAAGUCGCUGGAUACCUCUGCUCCCAGGGGCGCUGCAGAACGGUGUCUCUGAGCUGCUUUACCUCGCACUAGGACGCCAUCCCACCGCUUGCCACCAAUGUAACGGAUCGCCUGGCACCCCGACUGGGUACCUCCGUUAAAGGAUGCUCCUAGCGCUUCCUGAGGACUCCAAGCACUGCAGCUGACACCACAAUCACCGAACCAGAGAAGCGUAUACCUUCUCUCAAGCAUAUGAAUGCUGUAGACAGUUGAAUAGGAACCAUACGAAUAGGUUUACUCUCCUAGCAGUCAAACUGGAACAGCAUACAAUGAAUCCUUCCCCCAAUAAUGAGACGACACUUCACUUUGAGGGUUAAACAGGAACUCCCUGUACUGUCACAUACAGUCUCUUUUAUUCCCAAUCCACAAACAUAGUACAGCCCACAGGGCGUUACAAAACAACCAAUCACAUCACAGUUACAUCCCACAUAUUCCCUCCCCUAUCCUGAGAGGAAACUCAAUUAUACAUACAGUUAAAACAUACUUUCUACCCAACUUUCAUAACUCCAAAACCAUACAUCACAUUCACAUAAAAUUACAUAUUCACAAUCAAUCCAUUCAGGGGAACAACAUAUUCAAAAAAUGGCACAAAUCAGACAAGGGGUUCAAAAGUUAGUAAAAAGUCCUUUGUGACUAAAUGAAGCAUGGCUUUCUGGCCCAAACCAGUUUCAGAGUCCUCUAUCCUGGAGAUAAGUAAUUCAAUUAUCUCCCAAGAUAGACACAAGACUCCAUUAAGCACAUGGUUGCAAAAAGACACAAAACACUUUAAAAUACAUAAAGUCACAUUUACACAUAACACACAGACAUUUCACAUAUCCCCAGAUAGUUGGGAUCUGAGUGCACAUUAUUAGAUGAAUGGCACUCAGAUCACACAAAUAAGCCUUUCUGCAGGGGAAAUAAACGGUUUAACCUGCAGGGCCAUAGUCCAAAGGGAGCAGGCGAGCAACCAGGCUUCUCCAGUUCACAGUGGCGAGGUUGGUUUCGCCACACUCACGAAGCGCCUAUACACUAGUUAUUUGUUUUUUCCAUGUUUAAAAAUCAGACCGUGGGAGAGAGAUGUUGGCAGCAUCGGGGUCCCCUCCUAAAAUUGACCAUCAGGUUUAUUUUCUGUCCUAUACUAAUUGAGACACUACUAUAGAUAACAGCCAGAUAAAGAAAGCUGGAAGGUAAGAAAUGUACAUUAAGUAUGUCUUAUUAGUUUACGUCAUUAUUUUAGAUGCAAAAGGACUAUCUAAUUCUGCCGAGGUGGAGGUGUUACGUGAAAAGGUAUAUGCAGCUCUAGAAUCCUACACCAAACAGAAAUAUCCCGACCAACCUGGAAGGUGAGAAAUUUAAAUUUGAUAAUCUUUCAAAACAGGAGUUUAACUACUGCACAGAUAUUUAAAAUCUGGGCUACCAUAAGAAAGUUUGGAGUCCCUUGUAAAAACCUUUGAUUGAGUCCCUUCACCCAGACAUAUGCAGACAAAGUCGUUCCCAAACACACAGAUCCAAAUUUCAAGAAACAUAUGUAGAUACACAUUCCCAGACAUACACAGGUGAACAAGUACAGUGAGUGGAUGCGUGCGUUCCGCAGUUGGGAAAUUAAACAAUGAGGAGAUAAAUACCCUGUGGGAGCUGUUUGUUAAUACUUGACCGGUGCAUAGUCGCCAUAUGGGCAGGUGGAAUCAGGACAAAACCCCCAUAUACCUACCCAAUAAAACACGAACACUAGGGUAUAUAAGGUCAAAAUUGUCCACAGCUUUUAUUAAAUAGUAAUAAUAAAUUAACAUAGAAAGAACAAGUCAAUGUCCCACACCCCACCGUCACAUCCGUAUCCUUCAGUUAGGUAUACAAGGCAACGACCCCUAUAUAAAUAACAUAUAUCAGUAUUCCAAUAUGAACAAAACUGUAAGUGCCAACAUUGUUAUUGACCAUGGAAGGGGUAUACCCGGAUACCACACCAGAUUCUGAGCAUGAAUAAGCCCUUCUGCAGGGAAAAUAAAGUAUGUUAAAAGUCCAGUCCAUAGUCUAAAGGAAGCAGGUGGGCAACCAGGCUCCUCCAAUGCAAUGUGGCGAGAUUGCUCUCGUCACAGAGACAAACCUACGAAACUUACCACGAACCAUGUGACAGACCGCCUGGCACCUCAACUGGGCACCUCCGCCAAUCAUGCUUCCUAGUAUCACCGAGUACUAUAAGCACCGCACCAGACACCAAAAACACCGUGGCCCACCUUAGCCGCCGCAGCUUGGCUGGGGUCUCGCCGUCCCUUCCCACCCUGGACCAACACCUGGAUCCAGCUCCCAGUGAGAAGACCUCUCCUCCAACAGAGUAUAAUAAUCCAAAGAGCAGUAUAGCCAAUUCCCCCCCACACAUGAGUCUGUUUAAUGCAGGCAAGCACACAUACACACAUUAAACCCCCAACAAGCUCAUUUACAUACAAUAGGGUACAUAGAGCACUAUAAUACAAGGAAGGAUGGGGUCAAACAAUAGCAAGAGCUGUUGGGAGAUUGAGGAGGGACAGGGCAGGUAGCCAUGGCACCAUUGCGUCUAACUUUACGGGGUUAGGCCCCACGGCAGCGGGUGCCCCUCCACCUGAGGCAGCUCCCCGGCUCCCCCGUCCUACCCUUCUUAAAGCACCGAUUGAGUCAGUGGGAGCCCCCACAACCUGAGCACUUGUGCUUAAAAUGACAGGCAGCUCCCCACUUGCACUGACCUUCAUUGAAGAGCCAGCAUAAGUUCUUUUGGAAGGCGGCCGACGAAGCGGACUGCCCCCUUAUGCCGGCCGUUUGCUGAAAGGGCUGCACCAUCUGUGCCAUCAUCAGCUUCAUCUAGAGAGGCAGGUCUAUCUGGUCCCACCUAAUACCCGGAUUGGCCCCCAGGUGUUGUCUGAACUGUUCGUCGUACCUCCACCACGCCAGCCCACCGUACAUGUGGUAUGGCUUCCAGAUCCCGUCCAAGUAGCAGAACAACUCCUUUAACCAAUUUCAGAAAGACUAAGGUAUCUUAUGAUACCGCUUCCGUUUCUCCUCCUCCUUCUUGUCCUUCUCCUUGAGGUCAAUAAAGUCCUCCAAAGGAAGAAGCAAAAAAAUUUAGCAGAACUCCCCUUUCCAUAACUUUUCCUUUACGUCCUGUUUCAAGUGAACCCCCAAUAGUCCAGCGAAUGACACAUACUCGUGCUGCCGCGCCACGUCUGGAACCCCCCUGAUAAUUCUGCUUUCUCGCUUCUGACCUCCGCCAGACCUUCCAUCACCCCGGGUCUCCACCCGAGCCGCUGCGCGUGUUUUCCGCAACCAUGGCCCCGGACACUCACACCCGGCCUACGCUAGACCCGUGACUACCCACCUCCCCAAACGAGUGCAGCAGGGACUGCAACGUAUUCAGUAAUGUGUCAGAGUGUAGUGUCAAUUCGGACUCACCGGCCAAGCUUGACCGUCCUUGACGGCCCAGGGGCUGCACUGUCGACUGCCACAGGUCCAGGAUGUGCACCAUUUGCCGACUGCUAGCUGACCGGGUAGCCCACCAGGUGCCUAGAAUGCCCAGAUGAGGAACAGCUUCUGAGACCUGAAAUGAGAAAGAGAAGUCCUGGGCAGAGUGUACUGGUCCCAAUCCACCCUCCCGCUUGACCCCUGUGAGCACCUGCCUGACUCCAAAGCCUCCUGCUGAGAGACGCCAUACCUACGACUCCUUCCAUCCCCUUCAGAUGACCUGUCCCAACGCCCCCAGCCGGGGCUCCGAGUCCAACCCCCCCGCCGAGCUACCGGAGGCCGACCGGUGCUGCCGUGACCUACCAGCAGUGGCCCGGUCCCCCUUCCACCCAGGUCUAUAAGAACUGCCGCUCCCUGACCCCAAAGAGGACCUACCCCGUGACCGACGCCUUCCCUAUUGCUGUGCCCUAGGGGGUGAGGCAGUCCCCACCAAGGUACGACACCCAGGGCCUAUCUACCCAUCAUCCAGGCCACCAACACCCCUGCCUUGAGGCACGGUCCACCCGACCCGCCUGCCCCACAGACUCCCUCCCCCCCGCCCUACGCCGGUGUCUCCUUCCUAAUGGACCCCCACCCUACCCGAUGUCUGCCCUUCCCCUAGGGCCCUCUACCCGCACCCUCCUCCGCCCCAGGAAAGGGGUUAAACCCACCCUGCACCAUCCCUGACUUGCCAAGUGGGAUGCCAGCCCCAUGCCCUAAGCCUGAUCGCCGCCUGCCACCAUGGGACCCCUAGACCCUGCAGUCCGCCAUCUGCCCCCCCCGCUUCACCAGUAACACAGAAGGGAUUCCCCCUAUCCCAAUCACCCACGUUCCACCCCUGGGGGCCUCAGAAGCACCCAGAGAGCCCUGCACCACGUCUCCCCCAACUACUAAACCCAGGCCGGGCACCAGGACCCCAAUUCCUGCCCAACUGGCCUUCAGAGGGACCCCCUGGACUCGCCUGCAAGGAUGAGGGCUGGCUCCAUGUGGCCCUCGAGCCGGCACCGUUGCUCCCGAUGUCUAUACUAGGGGCACCCCUCCCAAGCCUUGACCCCUUCCUGCCCGACCAUCUAGGGGGCCCACUGUCGCCCAUGGGAGCCCCCACUCCAAGCGUUGCCCCGACCAACUUGGGGGCCACACCACCAGCAUCCUGGGCAGCCGCACGAAGUAAGGAGCCCCCCCAAGGCUCCGGCUUGCUGGGAGGCGGGGCCUCGACCACGCAGCCUCCACGCCUGCCUCCUGGCUCAUGGCCCACUCCGGCCACCUCGUUUCUGCCUGGUACUCCAACACAGGGCCCCGCACCCGGAAUCAGCCUCCGUGAGGGUCUCCUGAUCCCCUCCAGCAUCCUCUCCACCUAGUUCACCCAGGAAGAAAAAGAAGAAACCUACCAGGCCAAAUCAGUGGACACACAGGGUGCACACAAACUCGACCAGGUAGGCAAGUUAAAAGUAACUCUUCUAUGAUGGCUGCCUAUUUAUAUAGCCAAACCCCCAACCCUCAAACCACCAAUCCCUACAUGCUUCUGCCUAUGCCCGCCUCCUAGCCCUGUCAAGGCUUCUUUCCACUAACCUAUGCUUUUGUUACAUAGGGUUACAUUCUGUCUUCUGCCCUGCCAUAAACUAUUAAACAUACAGCAAUAGGUAAAAAUACACUACAGGAGAGAGAGUACUGGAAUAUCACAUUACUUCUUAUACACUAUGUCCUAUUCAAUUCCAUAUACAUUAAAGGGACACUAUAGUUACCAGAACAACUACAGCUUAUUGUAUUUGUUCUAGUGAGUAGAAUCAUUCCCUUCAGGCUUUUUGCUGUAAACACUGUCUUUUCAGAGAAAAUGCAGUGUUUACAUUACAGCCUAGUGAUAACUUCACUGGCCACUCCUCAGAUGGCUGUUAGAGAUCCUUCCUGUGUCAUGGCUGCCUAAAAUGCAUCCAAACAUUCAGUAUCUCCUCCCUCUGCAUGCAGACACUGAACUUUCCUCAUAGAGAUACAUUGAUUCAAUUCAUCUCUAUGAGGAGAUGCUGAUUGGCCAGGGCUGUGUUUGAAUUGUGCUUGCUCUACCCCUGAUCUGCCUCCUUGUCAGUCUCAGCCAAUCCUAUGGGGAAGCACUGUGAUUGGAUCAGGCUACCACUUCAAAUGAUGUCAGCAGACUGCUUGCUGGUCUGAGGCAAACAGGGCAGAGCCAGCAGCUUCAGGCUUGAAUACAUGUAAGAUUUUGCUAUAUUUAUGGAGGCAUGGGGGAUCCAGGGGGGCUAGAUGGUGGUUUUAACACUAUAGGGUCAGGAAUACAUGUUUGUGUUCCUGACCCUAUAGUGACCACUCCCCAAAAAACACCCCCAAAGUUUAGAAGAUAUACAUCCAAUGAAAACAUGUGUGCAUAUUUUUAUGCAUGUAUUCAUUCAGAGUAUAGUCUAAAAUAGAUUACAAUAGCUGCAGUUCUUAUAACUGCAGUCUUUGUAAGCCCUCUCUUUUUUCCCAAAAGAGACUUUAAGUCUCUUCACAGGGAAACAACCAAUCAGAGGUUUCUUAUUGAGAAGCCUCUGACUUUGUCCCCGGGUGCACACGCGUUCGCCACUUGUGCACUGCUGAAACUGGUCUGAGGUCUGUUAGGGAGGGAGGGGAGGCAGGCACCCUCAAGUAGAGUGUGCCUGCCACUUCUGUUAGUUCAGGGGAGCUAACUGAAGUAGGAAGGAAUCCUCCCUGGCUGUUUGAUUGACAGCCGGGGGAGUACCCUUGUUAAUUUAUAAAAGUGCUGAUUUCACAUAAAAAUAUAUUAAAUGAGGGUAUAUUAAAUGAGGGUACUCCUCACUCAUAAAGCACUUCAGCAAGCUGAAGUGCUUUUGGGGUGUGGAGUGGUCCUUUAAGUCGAUUCAAUAUGUGUUACUUCCUAUUCCAUUGAAUAUACACAAAGUCCCAUUCCAUUCAAUAUGCAUUAAGUCCCAUUCCAUUCAAUAUGCAUUAAGUCCCAUGCCAUUCGAUAAACAUUAAGUCCCAUUCCAUUCAAUAUGCAUUAAGUCCCAUUCCAUUCAAUAUGCAUUGAGUCCCAUUCCAUUCAAAAUACAUUAAGUCCCAUUCCAUUCAAUAUACAUUAAGUCCCAUUCCAUUCAAUAUGCAUUACGUCCCAUUCCAUUCGAUAUGCAUUAAGUUCCAUUCCAUUCAAUAUGCAUUAAGUCCCAUUCCAUUCGAUAUACAUUAAGUCCCAUGCCAUUCGAUAUACAUUAAGUCCCAUUCCAUUCAAUAUACAUUAAGUCCCAUUCCAUUCAAUAUGCAUUACGUCCCAUUCCAUUCGAUAUGCAUUAAGUUCCAUUCCAUUCAGUAUGCAUUAAGUCCCAUUCCAUUCGAUAUACAUUAAGUCCCAUGCCAUUCGAUAUACAUUAAGUUCCAUUCCAUUCAAUAUACAUUAAGUCCCAUUCCAUUCAAUAUGCAUUACGUCCCAUUCCAUUCGAUAUGCAUUAAGUUCCAUUCCAUUCAAUAUGCAUUAAGUCCCAUUCCAUUCGAUAUACAUUAAGUCCCAUGCCAUUCGAUAUACAUUAAGUUCCAUUCCAUUCAAUAUACAUUAAGUCCCAUUCCAUUCAAUAUGCAUUAAGUCCCAUUCCACUCAAUAUACAUUAAAUCCAGUUCCAUUCCAUAUACGUUACGUCCUAUUCCAUUGAAUAUACACAAAGUCCCAUUCCAUUCAAUAUGCAUUACGUCCCAUUCCAUUCGAUAUGCAUUAAGUUCCAUUCCAUUCAAUAUGCAUUAAGUCCCAUUCCAUUCGAUAUACAUUAAUUCCCAUUCCAUUCGAUAUGCAUUAAGUUCCAUUCCAUUCGAUAUACAUUAAGUCCCAUGCCAUUCGAUAUACAUUAAGUUCCAUUCCAUUCAAUAUGCAUUAAGUCCCAUUCCAUUCGAUAUACAUUAAGUUCCAUUCCAUUCAAUAUGCAUUAAGUCCCAUUCCAUUCGAUAUACAUUAAGUCCCAUUCCAUUCGAUAUACAUUAAGUUCCAUUCCAUUCAAUAUGCAUUAAGUCCCAUUCCAUUCGAUAUACAUUAAGUCCCAUUCCAUUCGAUAUGCAUUAAGUCCCAUUCCAUUCGAUAUGCAUUAAGUUCCAUUCCAUUCAAUAUGCAUUAAGUCCCAUUCCAUUCGAUAUACAUUAAGUUCCAUUCCAUUCAAUAUGCAUUAAGUCCCAUUCCAUUCGAUAUGCAUUAAGUCCCAUUCCAUUCGAUAUACAUUAAGUCCCAUUCCAUUCGAUAUGCAUUAAGUCCCAUUCCAUUCGAUAUACAUUAAGUUCCAUUCCAUUCGAUAUACAUUAAGUCCCAUGCCAUUCGAUAUACAUUAAGUCCCAUUCCAUUCGAUAUACAUUAAGUCCCAUGCCAUUCGAUAUACAUUAAGUUCCAUUCCAUUCGAUAUACAUUAAGUCCCAUUCCAUUCGAUAUACAUUAAGUCCCAUGCCAUUCGAUAUACAUUAAGUCCCAUUCCAUUCGAUAUACAUUAAGUCCCAUGCCAUUCGAUAUACAUUAAGUUCCAUUCCAUUCGAUAUACAUUAAGUCCCAUUCCAUUCGAUAUACAUUAAGUCCCAUGCCAUUCGAUAUACAUUAAGUCCCAUUCCAUUCGAUAUACAUUAAGUCCCAUUCCAUUCAAUAUGCAUUACGUCCCAUUCCAUUCGAUAUACAUUAAGUCCCAUUCCAUUCGAUAUACAUUAAGUCCCAUUCCAUUCGAUAUACAUUAAGUCCCAUGCCAUUCGAUAUACAUUAAGUCCCAUUCCAUUCAAUAUGCAUUACGUCCCAUUCCAUUCGAUAUACAUUAAGUUCCAUGCCAUUCAAUAUGCAUUAAGUCCCAUUCCAUUCGAUAUGCAUUAAGUCCCAUUCCAUUUGAUAUACAGAAGAGCCCUUGACCAGGAGAACAAGUUUUGAGAACCUCAUGACACUGGCGCGUUUAGCUCUAACACCAGAUUCUAAUAAUUCUAAUAUUUCUAAUCAUAUGUAAAUACAAAUAAGGGAAUUUGUGUAAGAGGAAGAGUUCGGAGGUGUUUAACCCUUUAAGGACUGAACAACUUGUACAAGUUGUCAUAAAAACAAAAUGUAAACAAAACCUGGCAUUUGCGCUAAAUGUCUGUUUCUUAUUGAGAAGCCUCUGACUUUGUCCCCGGGUGCACGCGCGUUCGCCACUUGUGCACUGCUGAAACUGGUCUGAGGUCUGUUAGGGAGGGAGGGGAGGCAGGCACCCUCAAGUAGAGUGUGCCUGCCACUUCUGUUAGUUCAGGGGAGCUAACUGAAGUAGGAAGGAAUCCUCCCUGGCUGUUUGAUUGACAGCCGGGGGAGUACCCUUGUUAAUUUAUAGAAGUGCUGAUUUCACAUAAAAAUAUAUUAAAUGAGGGUAUAUUAAAUGAGGGUACUCCUCACUCAUAAAGCACUUCAGCAAGCUGAAGUGCUUUUGGGGUGUGGAGUGGUCCUUUAAGUCGAUUCAAUAUGUGUUACUUCCUAUUCCAUUGAAUAUACACAAAGUCCCAUUCCAUUCAAUAUGCAUUAAGUCCCAUUCCAUUCAAUAUGCAUUAAGUCCCAUUCCAUUCAAUAUACAUUAAGUCCCAUUCCAUUCAAUAUGCAUUACGUCCCAUUCCAUUCGAUAUGCAUUAAGUUCCAUUCCAUUCAAUAUGCAUUAAGUCCCAUUCCAUUCGAUAUACAUUAAGUCCCAUGCCAUUCGAUAUACAUUAAGUCCCAUUCCAUUCAAUAUACAUUAAGUCCCAUUCCAUUCAAUAUGCAUUACGUCCCAUUCCAUUCGAUAUGCAUUAAGUUCCAUUCCAUUCAAUAUGCAUUAAGUCCCAUUCCAUUCGAUAUACAUUAAGUCCCAUGCCAUUCAAUAUACAUUAAGUCCCAUUCCAUUCAAUAUGCAUUACGUCCCAUUCCAUUCGAUAUGCAUUAAGUUCCAUUCCAUUCAAUAUGCAUUAAGUCCCAUUCCAUUCGAUAUACAUUAAGUCCCAUUCCAUUCGAUAUACAUUAAGUCCCAUUCCAUUCAAUAUGCAUUACGUCCCAUUCCAUUCGAUAUACAUUAAGUUCCAUGCCAUUCAAUAUGCAUUAAGUCCCAUUCCAUUCGAUAUGCAUUAAGUCCCAUUCCAUUUGAUAUACAGAAGAGCCCUUGACCAGGAGAACAAGUUUUGAGAACCUCAUGACACUGGCGCGUUUAGCUCUAACACCAGAUUCUAAUAAUUCUAAUAUUUCUAAUCAUAUGUAAAUACAAAUAAGGGAAUUUGUGUAAGAGGAAGAGUUCGGAGGUGUUUAACCCUUUAAGGACUGAACAACUUGUACAAGUUGUCAUAAAAACAAAAUGUAAACAAAACCUGGCAUUUGCGCUACAUGUCUGUCCAACCGUAAUUCACCUCUUUCAUAUUAAAUGCACCCACCCUUAUUAUAUAUCAUUUUAUUCAUGUCACAUCAAAUAUUUAUAUAUUAAACAUAAUUUAAUAUGAAUAAAAUGUAAAAAAAAUGUGAUUUUUUUUUGUCGUAAUUUUUUUAGUAAUGCCUGUCAUUUUAACUGUGAAUUUCAUGAUACUGUUAGCUGUUACUGCAAUACAAUGCACAUAUUUGGAUUCAGUGAAGUCUCCCGGGUACAAUAGUACCCCCAAGUAUAAGUUGUAUAGUGUUUUGGAAAGUUACAGGGUCAAAUUUAGCACAUUGCAUUUUUUACUUCAUACACAUUGAAAAUUCCCAGUUUGGUUAUGUUGCCUUUGAGACCGUAUGGUAGCCAAGAAAUGAAAUCUACCCCUAUGAUAGUAUACCAUUUGCAAAAGAAGACAAUCCAAGUUAUUGCAAAUGCUGUAUGUGCAGUCUUUUUUAGUAGCCACUUAGUCACAAACACUAGCCAAAGUUAGCAUUCUAAUUUGUGUGUGAAAAAUGCAAAAAACUGAUUUGAACGAUAAAAUUGGCUAGUGUUUGUGACUAAGUGGCUACUAAAAACAACUGGACAUACCCCAUUUGCAAUAACCUGGGUUGUCUACUUUUGCAAAUGGUAUGCCAUCAUAGGGGUAAUUCUCGUUCCUAGGCUACCAUACAGUCUCAAAGGUAACAUAACCAAACAGGCGAAUUUUACUGUGAAAAAAUGGAAAUGCAAGUCUUAUAUUACUCUGUAACUUUUGAAAACACCAUAAAACCUGUACAUGGGGGGUUACUGUUAUACUCGUGAGACUUCGCUGAACACAAAUAUUAGUGUUUCAAAACAUUACAACUUAUCACAAAAAAUUAUAUUGUCAGUGAAAGUGUAAUUUGUGUGUGAAAAAUGCAAAAAACUGUACUUUCACAGACAAUAUCAUUGUUGUGAUACGUUUUCUUGUUUUAAAACACUAAUAUUUGUGUUCAGCGAAGUCUCCCGAGUAAAACAGUACCCCUCAUGUACAGGUUUUAUGGUGUUUUGGAAAAAAGUUACAGCGUCAAAUAUAAGGCUUGUGAACUAUAUACUCUCGACUUUCUGCCUGAGUUAUCAGGCAAGUCCCUAAAAUUGUAAUUAAUUAAAUGACUUAAUCAUGUAAAAUAUUAUAUAAAUAUAUAUGUAGAAUUUAAAUCUAAAUGUAUAAAUAUUAAUGUGUGUAUAUAUAUAUAUAUAUUUUAAAAUAUUAUUUUUAUUUAUAUAUAGCUACAUAUAUGUAUUUAUAGCAUCAUUCUAAAUGUAUUGUGAUUUAAAUAUAUAUGUAUAUUAAUAUCAAAAUACAGUUAGAGUGAAAGUAUACAUGUCUAUAUUUUUUUUAAAUUUAAUGUAAUUUUAUUUUUUAUUUAAUUUUUUCAGUUUUAAAUUUUUUAUUGAUUAUUGUUAUAUAUAUAAUUUUAAUUAUAUAUAUAUAUAUAUAUAUAUAUAUAUAUAUAUUAAUAUUAAAAUACACUUAGAAUAAUAGUUUAUGUGUGUGUUUGUGCAUAUAAAAGUACUCAGAUCAUAUAUACAUAUAUAUAUAUAUAUAUGUAUAUAUAUAUAUAUAUAUAUAUAUGAUCUAAGUACUUUAAUUUACUUUAUUGAAACUUUUUUUACUUUUACUUACUUUUAAAACUUUUUUACAGGCAGCAGGAGGACAGCCUGAGAGCUCAGGCAGUCCCCCUGCUGGCACUGCAUGAGCCGGCUAUUCCGGCCAUUUGAUCGCAAGGACCCCGCGAUCACAUGGACCUGGAGGGCUGGAUCGUGCUGAAGGAGGCUGCCUGAGCUCCCAGGCAGCUCCCUGGAACGCGACCGCCGUCAUGGGAUCGGCGGGGACCCGGUAAGUCCUCUAGACGGCGGGGACAUUCUAUGCCGCCCACCAGCAUUUAGGACUGCCCAAAAAAGGAUGGCAUAGAACGCCCGCAGUCCUUAAGGGGUUAAAUAGUUACUUACAGCAGUUAAUGAUCUAGAUAUAUUUAAAACUUCCCUCCAUUUUACAGGUUUGCAAAGCUUCUCCUACGACUUCCAGCAUUGAGAUCUAUUGGACUUAAAUGCCUGGAGCACCUCUUCUUCUUCAAACUCAUUGGUGAUACCCCCAUAGACACAUUCUUAAUGGAAAUGCUGGAGACACCCCACCAAAUCUCUUGA